AUGACGAAAGGUUUAGGCUUUAAAGCACGUAAUAUGCACAGUCAGCUGUAAUGUCUUAGUUUGGUGGACUUUGGAAUUUGUGACCUGAUUUCUCUGAGACCUAAACAAUGUGAUCUUUGGUAAUCUUUUAUACAUUAAUACUGUGAACUGUAAAUGAUCAAUAAUUACUUUUGUUUUCCAUUCUCCAAUAAAUGUGUUUAGAAAGAGGGAAUAGAUUAAAUGUACAUAAUCUUUCAAAUGUUUUAUUUAGAAACAUUCAGUACAGAGUCCUCUGUAAGUUAAUGGAUAAGCUUUGUUGACAUAUAUUAUAAAGAGGGUGGGGUCAACUACUGACCUGGAAAUAGGUGAAGCCUGAUGUUUACUCUUGCCAGAAAAAUAAUUUACUAACUGGGAAGAUCCAAGCACCCCAUCAAUUCUUGUCCUGACUAAAUGUUUUUCCAUAAAGCUGAUAUAGUAAUCCAUGAUACGUGGAAUGUUAAUCCUGGAUGUUCAUUUGUUUUCUGUGAAAUUAUUAUUUUUGUGGUGUCAAGUCUUUUUCACUAUUUCUUUUACAGAUCAGACCCCAUUGACAUCAAAUGGCACUCGCUGCCGGUUAGAUCUUCGCUAUGGAUGAACCUUGGAAAGGCCGAUCAAUUCCAUUUGACUGCUCUAUAAUGUCCUGGCAAUGUGGAGAGCCCCCAGAGGCACUGAAUCCCCAGUGCAGAAUGAUCCAGGCUGGAGAAUGCCUAACACCCCUACUUCAGGAGUCAAACCGCUACGCAUAAGAACAAUCGGACUAGCGAUCUGUGACAAAAGGAUUUUGUCUGGAUUCCAGACUUCCUAGCUAGUGACUUUCUGAAACAUUUCUCCCGGUUUCUGUGACAUUUAAGACCUUUCCAAGUUGUGGACAAGGUAAAAUCCCCUUCCUCUCGAGCUGCGUAGAGGUGGGAGUAGUCUCCCAUGUGUAGCAGGACAGUAGCUGCUGCUAGUGGAAUAACGUAGCCUCAGACUGUCUGGGGUUCCUCUUGACGGGGCGAGGGAUCCCACCGCUGCCACCAACGAGCCCCAGUCUGCCUCACCGAGUGGCUCCACUCCCGUCAAAAGGCAGACCCUCUAUCCAAUGGCAUGGGUCAAGUUCUUCAGGAAGCCGGGAGGCAAUCUCGCCAAGUCCUACCAGCCGGGGAGCAUGCUGUCUCUAGCCCCCACCAAAGGCCUGCUGAACGAGCCAGGGCAGAACAGUUGCUUUCUCAACAGUGCGGUGCAGGUGAGUCAUAUCUAACCAAUGAAUAGUAAAUGAAUACUGCAUGUUUUCAGAUACUUACAAUAAAUGCUUUGUUUUUCAAUGACCAUAUACAGUGAGGGAAAAAAGUAUUUGAUCCCCUGCUGAUUUUGUACGUUUGCCCACUGACAAAGACAUGAUCAGUCUAUAAUUUUAAUGGUAGGUUUAUUUAAAAAAAUCCAGAAAAACGCAUGUCAAAAAUGUUAUAAAUUGAUUUGCAUUUUAAUGAGGGAAAUAAGUAUUUGACCCCUCUGCAAAACAUGACUUAGUACUUGGUGGCAAAACCCUUGUUGGCAAUCACAGAGGUCAGACGUUUCUUGUAGUUGGCCACCAGGUUUGCACACAUCUCAGGAGGGAUUUUGUUCCACUCCUCUUUGCAGAUCUUCUCCAAGUCAUUAAGGUUUUGAGGCUGACGUUUGGCAACUCGAACCUUCAGCUCCCUACACAGAUGUUCUAUGAGAUUAAGGUCUGGAGACUGGCUAGGCCACUCCAGGACCUUAAUGUGCUUCUUCUUGAGCCACUCCUUUGCUGCCUUGGCCGUGUGUUUUGGGUCAUUGUCAUGCUGAAAUACCCAUCCACGACCCAUUUUCAAUGCCCUGGCUGAGGGAAGGAGGUUCUCACCCAAGAUUUGACGGUACAUGGCCCCGUCCAUCGUCCCUUUGAUGCGGUGAAGUUGUCCUGUCCCCUUAGCAGAAAAACACCCCGAAAGCUUAAUGUUUCCACCUCCAUGUUUGACGGUGGGGAUAAUGUUCUUGGGGUCAUAGGCAACAUUCCUCCUCCUCCAAACACGGCGAGUUGAGUUGAUGCCAAAGAGCUCAAUUUUGGUCUCAUCUGACCACAACACUUUCACCCAGUUCUCCUCUGAAUCAUUCAGAUGUUUGCCAAAGAACUUCAGACGGCCCUGUAUAUGUGCUUUCUUGAGCAGGGGGACCUUGCGGGCGCUGCAGGAUUCCAGUCCUUCACGGCGUAGUGUGUUACCAAUUGUUUUCUUGGUGACUAUGGUCCCAGUUGCCUUGAGAUCAUUGACAAGAUCCUCCCGUGUAGUUCUGGGUUGAUUCCUCACCGUUCUCAUGAUCAUUGCAACUCCACGAGGUGAGAUCUUGCAUGGAGCCCCAGGCCGAGGGAGAUUGACAGUUCUUUUGUGUUUCUUCCAUUUGCGAAUAAUCGCACCAACUGUUGUCACCUUCUCACCAAGUUGCUUGGCGAUGGUCUUGUAGCCCAUUCCAGCCUUGUGUAGGUCUACAAUCUUGUCCCUGACAUCCUUGGAGAGCUCUUUGGUCUUGGCCAUGGUGGAGAGUUUGGAAUCUGAUUGAUUGAUUGCUUCUGUGGACAGGUGUCUUUUAUACAGGUAACAAGCUGAGAUUAGGAGCACUCCCUUUAAGAGUGUGCUCCUAAUCUCAGCUUGUAACCUGUAUAAAAGACACUUGGGAGCCAGAAAUCUUUCUGAUUGAGAGGGGGUCAAAUACUUAUUUCCCUAAUUUAAAAUGCAAAUCAAAUUAUAACAUUUUUGACAUGCGUUUUUCUGGAUUUUUUUGUUGUUAUUCUGUCUCUCACUGUUCAAAUAAACCUACCAUUAAAAUUAUAGACUGAUCAUUUCUUUGUCAGUGGGCAAACGUACAAAAUCAGCAGGGGAUCAAAUACAUUUUUCCCUCACUGUAUCCAGAGCAAUGGGAUGGAAGUAGAUACACUGUUAAUAUCUGAUAAGGGGAAUGGGUAUUAAAACAAUGCCCAAUCCCUUGAUUGCAAAACAUGAUCUAAUUUCCAGAAGGCUACAUUCCUCAUGUUAGCUUUGCUUAUUCAUAGUAAACAGCAUCUCCCUCCACAGAAAAAAUAUUUACCACCAUCAACAUUACUUUACAGCCUCAAAGCCAAUAAGCUUAGUCAGUCUCUAAAUGCUUCAGUACUUCCCGGCAAGUUACUGGAAGGUUGUUUUUGCCUCGUGGGAAGGCAGUUGGCGGACUCUUCCAGGCCGUGACUCAGAGGGUGAGACACGGCUGAGCUGGAUGAAGACGUCCGCUACUCAGGGCUUUGUUUCCAAGGAACAGAAACCCUCCCUCCCCUCUUUCUUUCCUCUCCCUCUCUCCUUCCUCUGUUGUCCUCAUGGCCUGACACAACCACCCAGCCCCUCUAAGCACCAUAUACCAAGGAAGGACAUCACUAGCCCUAAAUCCACAGUCGAGAAUGUUUGAGGUCAGGUCGCAACGUGAAGUUAUUAUUAUUGUUCGAAUUAUUAACCGGCCCUCAAAUGUCCCCUUUAGAACUGAAAGUGUUAAAAAAAAAAAAAUCAAAUAAAAACCUGUCUUUCAUCAAAGGAAGGAUUAGCUGGGAAAGUCGGGUUCAUAAUGAGAGUUCGGUGUGGAAUAUGAGGUGCUUUCACAAUAAUAUGUUUUCUUCAAUCCCAUGUUCAGGUACUGUGGCAUCUGGACAUCUUCAGACGCAGUCUGAGGCAACUUCCUGGACAUUUCUGUCUCGGAGACUCAUGCAUCUUCUGUGCGUUGAAGGUAUGCGCCAUUCAUCAAGUCUUACAGUUGUUGCAAGCGAUCACAAUAUGAAAAAAAAGUGGCAUUAGUAGGGCUUUAUCAUUGCUGACACGGUACCGCUAGUUUGAUAGCAUUGCCAAUAAUUUGAUUUGGCAUUUUGUUGAUAACACAUAUUCAGACUGGGGAUAUUGAUGUUUGAGGGAGUAGUUAGUUGUCCCUUGAGAACUGCUGUAAAUAAGUAUUGUGUUUUCAUUUGCAUAAUUAAAUGAAUUAACUUAUUUUCUGUUCCGCAGGGCAUCUUCUCCCAGUUCCAGCACAGUCGGGAGCGCGCCCUGCCCUCAGACAACCUGCGUCACGCCCUGGCCGAGACUUUUAAGGAUGAGCACCGCUUUCAGCUGGGCUUCAUGGACGAUGCUGCUGAGUGCUUCGUAAGUUCCUGUGGCAACUGACCAGGCUUUCCGGCAGAUCCUUGGUAUCCAGGGGGCCUCUGAGCAGAGGCGACUGGGGCCUCCCCAGGCAUGGAUGUGUAUGUUUGUGUGUGUAUGUUUGUUUGUGUGAGUGUGUUGGGGACACUUGAGGGGGGGGAUCUGUAACAAACAUUUCAGCGAGGUCACUGUCUGAAAGAGGUCUGUCCCUUCUCCCAUCAAUCCCCUCAACACAGCCUCUAAUAUAUUAUGGUGGUGGGUUACGUAAGCCGAAACACGAUCUUUGGGCGUUUACUGUUUCCUCACUGUAUUAUGCAGCAUCAGUCUGAGUGGUUUAAAGUGGCUAUUCAGUACACUUGUGUUUAGUUUGGCUACAGUGAGGGGAAAAAAGUAUUUGAUCCCCUGCUGAUUUUGUAAGUUUGCCCACUGACAAAGAAAUGAUCAAUCUAUAAUUUUAAUGGUAGGUUUAUUUGAACAGUGAGAGAGAGAAUAACAACAAAAAAAUCCAGAAAAACGCAUGUCAAAAAUGUUAUAAAUUGAUUUGCAUUUUAAUGAGGGAAAUAAGUAUUUGACCCCCUCUCAAUCAGAAAGAUUUCUGGCUCGCAGGUGUCUUUUAUACAGGUAACGAGCUGAGAUUAGGAGCACACUCUUAAAGACCAUCGCCAAGCAGCUUGGUGAGAAGGUGACAACAGUUGGUGCGAUUAUUCGCAAAUGGAAGAAACACAAAAUAACUGUCAAUCUCCCUCGGCCUGGGGCUCCAUGCAAGAUCUCACCUCGUGGAGUUGCAAUGAUCAUGAGAAUGGUGAGGAAUCAGCCCAGAACUACACGGGAGGAUCUUGUCAAUGAUCUCAAGGCAGCUGGGACCAUAGUCACCAAGAAAACAAUUGGUAACACACGACGCCGUGAAGGACUGAAAUCCUGCAGCGCCCGCAAGGUCCCCCUGCUCAAGAAAGCACAUAUACAGGGCCGUCUGAAGUUUGCCAAUGAACAUCUGAAUGAUUCAGAGGAGAACUGGGUGAAAGUGUUGUGGUCAGAUGAGACCAAAAUGGAGCUCUUUGGCAUCAACUCAACUCGCCGUGUUUGGAGGAGGAAUGCUGCCUAUGACCCCAAGAACACCAUCCCCACCAUCAAACAUGGAGGUGGAAACAUUAUUCUUUGGGGGUGUUUUUCUGCUAAGGGGACAACUUCACCGCAUCAAAGGGACGAUGGACGGGGCCAUGUACCGUCAAAUAUUGGGUGAGAACCUCCUUCCCUCAGCCAGGCCAUUGAAAAUGGGUCGUGGAUGGGUAUUCCAGCAUGACAAUGACCCAAAACACACGGCCAAGGCAACAAAGGAAUGGCUCAAGAAGAAGCACAUUAAGGUCCUGGAGUGGCCUAGCCAGUCUCCAGACCUUAAUCCCAUAGAAAAUCUGUGGAGGGAGCUGAAGGUUCGAGUUGCCAAACGUCAGCCUCGAAACCUUAAUGACUUGGAGAAGAUCUGCAAAGAGGAGUGGAACAAAAUCCCUCCUGAGAUGUGUGCAAGCCCAGUGGCCAACUACAAGAAACGUCUGACCUCUGUGAUUGCCAACAAGGGUUUUGCCACCAAGUACUAAGUCAUGUUUUGCAGAGGGGUCAAAUACAUACUUCCCUCUUUAAAAUGCAAAUCAAUUUAUAACAUUAUUGACAUGCGUUUUUCUGGAUUGUUUUGUUGUUAUUCUGUCUCUCACUGUUCAAAUAAACCUACCAUUAAAAUUAUAGACUGAUCAUGUCUUUGUCAGUGGGCAAACGUACAAAAUCAGCAGGGGAUCAAAUACUUUUUUCCCUCACUGUAACUUCCAAACGUUGAUUCUACUGUAAUAGAAGUGGUUGAAAAAGUACCCAAUUUGUCAUACUUGAGUAAAAGUAAACAUGCCUAAAUAGAAAAUGACUAAAGUAAAAGUCACCCAGUAAAAUACUACUUGAGUAAAAGUCUAAAAGUAUUUGGUUUUAAAUAUACUUAAGUAUCAAAAGUAAAUGUAUUUGCUAAAAUAUACUUACAUAUCAAAAGUAAAAGUAGAAAUAAUUUCAAAUUCCUUAUAUUAAGCAAACCAGACAGCACCAUUUUAUUUUUUAUUUGAAGAUAACCAGGGGCACACAACAAAACUCUGACAUAAUUUACAAACGAAGCAGUGUGUUUAGUGAGUCCGCCAGAUCAGAGGAAGUAGGGAUGAGCAGGGAUGUUCUCUUGAUAAGUGUGUGAAUUGGACCAUUUUCCUGUCCUGCUAAGCAUUUAAAAUGGAACGAGUACUUUUGGGUGUCAGGGAAAAUGUAUGGAGUAAAAAGUACAUACUUUUCUUCAGGAAUGUAGUGAAGUAAAAGUAGUCAAAAAUAUAAAUAGUAAAGUACAGAUACCCCCCCAAAAAUGACUUAAGUAGUACUUUAAAGUAUUUUUACUUAAGUACUUUACACCACUGUCUAAUAGUAAUUCUUUAUUACCCUGUUCUUUUUAACACUUAUUCUAGACCCAACAGAGAAAAGGUCAUUACCAUCUGGGAGCACAAUGUUCAGACGCUUCACCACUAACUAAGAAACAUCCAGGAUUUAGGAAUUUUACUGUACAUUACAUCUAGUUUUAGACUUCAUCUUAGCUAAUGAUUUAGUUCCUCUUCAGCCCUUUAGCCAUAGGGCUUAAAUGAGGCUACACUACAGUACAUUGUGUUCUCUGUCUGCCUGUAUCGGGUUUGUCACUGUAGCGUAAUUGCUCUAAACCUAGUCAGCACAGACAUAUAAUCAUUUUCUGUUUAGCGCAUCAGGUCGAGUGGGUAGGACAUUCACUCAGGAGAGCUCAUUAUACAGUGGAGGAUAAACAGCAGAGAAAAUGAAGUCUCUUUCUCUCUAGAACCGGAGGUGAUGAGAAAACAAGUGGCCAGCCAAACCGAUAAACCAAUAUGCCCACUCUCCGAGCUCCCCGGCAACACAGGGAAGCAGUCACACGAGCCGUUCAAAUUUACCUCCAGAUUCUCAGUUUCCCGUGGUUUCAGUCUCCUAUGGGAGUCUGUUUUGAAUAAGCAAUUAUUUUCAAAGAACCAUGAUCCAAUGAAAUCCAAGGUGGUGGUUGAAAGGUCAGGUACCAAACAAAACAAAAAACUAAAUGUUUGGAUUCUUGUUCUGUAUACAAUGCCCCUCUUUCAGUGUGGCAACAAUGCUGAUUCAUUUCCAUAGCUAGAAUAAAAAUGUUUGCACACCUGAAGUAACGUGAUAUUGGGUAGAAUGGUUAAAGGGGCUUCUGCACACUGUACAACGUUUCUUUUUUCCCCCUUUAUUUUAAUGUGCAGUUUGGUCAGAUAGUGUCACGUUGUAUAAUGAUUAGAAGACAGGCGCAGGAAUAUGUAUUAGGGCUUUUAUUACUCCACCCAACCGUGGCACCCCAGUCCAGGGCCUGUCGGGUCAGUGCCAAGAUGACUGUGGCAACCCUGUCUCUCCCGGAGACAGCCUCGGCAUAGCAAGCGAGGUACAGGUCGCAUUGCAGAAGGAAUCCCUUGCAUCUCGCUGGCGUGCCGUCAAAGAGCUCCGGGAGGGACAGGGGUAUUCCGCGGACCGGCUCAGAUGGAAUGAAGGCAGGUAGUGGUGGUGUGGGGGCUGGUGCCGGAACCAGUGCUUGAGACUCCUCGUGAUGCUGGACUGUCUCUACGAUGGUCGCCAGCUCGGCCUUUCCCGCUGUCUCCAUUUUUAUGGGUCGAUUAUUCUGUCACAGUGUAUAAUGAUUAGAAGAUAGGCGCAGGAAUACGUAUUAGGGGUUUUAUUACUCCACCCAACACAAACACGUGUGUGUGUGUAUAUAUGUGUGUGUGUGUAUAUAUAUAUAUAUACACACACACACACACACACACACACACACACACACACACACACAAGGGAUGUAACCCAAACAAAGAGUGAGGUGUAACCUCUACACAGUACACGGGACGAGACCCGUAAACAAAAAGAGCACAAUACACGGUACAGUUGAAGUCGGAAGUUUACAUACACCUUAGCCAAAUACAUUUAAAAUCAGUUUUUCACAAUUCCUAACAUUUAAUCCUAGUAAACAUUCCCGGUCUUAGGUCAGUUAGGAUCACCACUUUUAUUUUAAGAAUGUGAAAUGUCAAAAUAAUAGUAGAGAGAAUUAUUUAUUUAUUUCAGCUUUUAUUUCUUUCAUCACAUUCCCAGUGGGUCAGAAGUUUACAUACACGCAGUUAGUAUUUGGUAGCAUUGCCUUUAAAUUGUUUAACUUAGGUCAAACGUUUCGGGUAGCCUUCCACAAGCUUCCCACAAUAAGUUGGGUGAAUUUUGGCCCACUCCUCCUGACAGAGCUUUUUCAGUUCUGCCCACACAUUUUCUAUAGGAUUGAGGUCAGAGCUUUGUGAUGGCCACUCCAAUACCUUGACUUUGUUGUCCUUAAGCCAUUUUGCCACAACUUUGGAAGUAUGCUUGGGGUCAUUGUCCAUUUGGAAGACCCAUUUGCGACCAAGCUUUAACUUCCUGACUGAUGUCUUGAGAUGUUACUUCAAUAUAUGCACAUAAUUUUCCUUCCUGAUGAUGCCAUCUAUUUUGUGAAGUGCACCAGUCCCUCCUGCAGCAAAGCACCCCCACAGCAUGAUGCUGCCACCCCCGUGCUUCACGGUUGGGAUGGUGUUCUUCGACUUGCAAGCUACCACGUUUUUCCUCCAAACAUAACGAUGGUCAUUAUGGCCAAACAGUUCUAUUUUUGUUUCAUCAGACCAGAGGACAUUUGUCCAAAAAGUACGAUCUUUGUCGACAUGUGCAGUUGCAAACCCGUAGUCUGGCUUUUUUAUGGCGGUUUUGGAGCAGUGGCUUCUUCCUUACUGAGCGGCCUUUCAGGUUAUGUCGAUAUAGGACUCGUUUUACUGUGGAUAUAGAUACUUUUGUACCUGUUUACUCCAGCAUCUUCACAAGGUCCUUUGCUGUUGUUCUGGGAUUGAUUUGCACUUUUCGCAUCAAAGUACAUUCAUCUAUAGGAGACAGAACGCGUCUCCUUCCUGAGCGGUAUGAUGGCUGCGUGGUCCCAUGGGGAUUAUACUUGCGUACUACUGUUUGUACAGAUGAACGUGGUACCUUCAGGCGUUUAGAAAUUGCUCCCAAGGAUGAACCAGACUUGUGGAGGUCUACCAUUUUUGUUCUGAGGUCUUGGCUGAUUUUCUUUAGAUUUUCCCAUGAUGUCAAGCAAAGAGGCACUGAGUUUGAAGGUAGGCCUUCAAAUACAUCCACAGGUACACCUCCAAUUGACUCAAAUGAUGUCAAUUAGCCUAUCAGAAGCUUCUAAAGCCAUGACAUAAUUUUCUGGAAUUUUCCAAGCUGUUUAAAGGCACAGUCAACUUAUUGUAUGUAAACUUCUGACCCACUGGAAUUGUGAUACAGUGAAUUAUAAGUGAAAUAAUCUGUCUGUAAGCAAUUGUUGGAAAAAUUACUUGUCGUGCACAAAGUAGAUGUCCUAACCGACAUGUCAAAACUAUAGUUUGUUAACAAGAAAUUUGUGGAGUGGUUGAAAAACAAGUUUUAAUGACUCCAACCUAAGUGUAUGUAAACUUCUGACUUCAACUAUAUAUACACAUACUAAUCAGGGGGAAUGGGAACCAGGUGUGCGUAAUGAGACAAGACAGUCCGCGGUUGGUGGGAAUGAACCAGGUCAGUGACGCCUAGAAAGCCGGUGACGUAGACCUCCGGAACUGGUGAACGGAAAGAGCAGCAGUACCGGGGGGGAUCCGUGACAGAUAUUCCUUUUGUCAGGCAUGUCAUUUUAACAUUCUAACAACUGUCUUAAUUCUGUGUUUAUUUCUCUGUGGGCGUUACGUUGCAUGAACGUUUUGCUGUGUGUAUGUUAAGAUUUGGCAAGGUCACUCUUUCUUUAUCCUAACUAUCCCAUGGGAAUCUUGGGUUUACAUGCGGAAAGUAAAGACAGAGUCAAGGCCCUGUAAUGAAUGCUUUAGCGGUACGACUUGGAUUUAUUUAUGAGCAGAAUUAGCCAGUGUCAGAUUAAAUGGCUGUGCGGUUAUGGAGGUCUAAAAGCAGCCUGAAUGUUUUAUAAACCUAGUGGGAUUCCAUAGCAACAGCAGCGAGUUUCAAGUGGAGACUGCUUGCACACAGACUGGUUCCUUAUUUACAGUAGUCAGGCACAGCAAAACAACCUAGCUGUUAAAUGUCACAAAAUAUACAGAUGUAUUGGGGGGAAAGUAUUUAUUUUCUUUACUGGUACAUUGGGGAGAGUAGAUGAGGGUGAUUUGAGGGUAAUACAUGCUGGGGAAAAAGAAUAAGCUGGUGAUUCCUAAUAUUGUAAUCGAGGGGGAUGAUUGAUUGCUAAAGUUUCAAUUUGGAAAUGAGAAUGUUCCCAUGGAUAAGAUCGAACAAACGUUCUAAUGGAAUAUAAUGUGAUUAGUUGACAACUAUUACCUAAAUCUCUCGUGGACAGAUCUACGUAAACAUAACUGGUACUGUCACCAUCCUAUGGCAGUGGUUCUCACAUUUUUGUUUUUGCCUUAGCACUACAAAGCUGAUUCAAAUGAUCAACUCAUCAAGCUUUGAUUAUUUGAAUGGGGUGUGAAGUGCAAAGGCAAAAAAAACAACAUGAGGGCCCCCAGGGCCAGAAUUGAGAACCACUGUCCUAUGGGAUGUGUAAGAUAACGAGCAGCAUUAGUUCCGGGUAUUGGGUUUUCGUUUUUAUUUGGACGUAUCAGGAUUGGGCAAAGGUGGUGCUAAAACUGGUGUGCCCACACGAAUGAUAUACACUGAGUAUACAAAACAUUAAGAACACCUGCUCUUUCCAUGACAGACUGACCAGGUGAAUACUGGUGAACACCAUGAUCCCUUUUUGAUGUCACUUGUUAAAUCCACUUCAAUCAUUGUAGAUGAAGGGGAGGAGACAGGUUAAAGAAGGAUUUUUAAGCCUUGAGACAGUUGAGACAUGGAUUGUGUAUGUGUGCCAUUGAGGGUGAAUGGGCAAGACAAAUCAUUUAAGUGCCUUUGAACGGGGUAUGGUUGUAGGUGCCAGGCACACUCAAUAUUAGGAAAGUGUUCCUAAUGUUUGGUAUACUUGGUGUAUGUUUUCUCAUUUCUUAUUGGCUUACUAUAUUCCCACAGGAGAAUAUUCUGGAGAGGAUCCACCUGCACAUUGUGCCUGAGGAGACAGAUGCCUGCACCUCCAAGUCCUGCAUCACACAUCAGAAGUUUGCCAUGACGCUCUACGAACAGGUUCGAGGAAACCACUAGCAUCUGGCAACACCCCCCCACACACACAGGUCCAUAUCCAGUUGCAGGCACGUGUAUUACACACACACACUCCAUCCAUCAGGGGUGCAGCAGCAGGCACAUGGAUCACUGUCUGAGAUGGGAGCUACCCAAUCCGUCAUGUCUCCAGAGUGGGGCUACUCCUCUGGAAUACAGAGGGUGGUUUUCCUCGGAUCUCUGGGAGCGGUAGCAGUACAAGACGAAUAAUAUCACAUAAGAUCGCCACGUAUUUUUUCCCCCACAAACCCUCCCUGCGGAUAUGAUGUUCAUCUAUGAUACCAUGUCCCAAAACUCCAGAGCAGUCCUGUCAUCAAUGUAUCAGACAGCUUUGGUGAUGCAGAGGUGGCCAACUCUCCUCUCUGAGAGCAAGUAGGUUUGCAGACAUUUGUUCCAGCCCUGCUUUAACACGCCUGACUCAGUUAAUCAGCUGCUCAUCAGGACCUUGAUUAGUGGAAUCAAGUGUGUUAGAGUAGGGUUGGAACAAAAGCCUAUACACCCAGUAGCUCUCUAGCUGGAAGGUUGCUUUGAUGAGUAGCCUAGGUUUCAGUAGAGGCCCUAUAGUUUACUCUGGCGUAUUUGGCAGGCUGCAUUUGCCUAAAAGAUGGAUGACUUAUACACUUGGGUUAGACACAUUAGAAGUCCUUUAGAACAGGGCCAGCACCGAGUUUGGAAAACCCUGCUUUAGAACACCUUUAUAAGUACUCUUCCUCCCGGGGAAGGACUGCCCGUUCCAUGAUCUCGCCAUCACGGUUGACAACUCUGUUGUGUCCUCCUCCCAGAGUGCGAAGAGCCUUGGCGUGACCCUGGACAACACCUUGUCGUUCUCCGCUAACAUCAAGGCGGUGACCCGAUCCUGUAGGUUCACGCUCUACAACAUUCGGAGAGUACGACCCUGCCUUACACAGGAAGCGGCACAGGUCCUAAUCCAGGCACUUGUCAUCUCCCGUCUGGAUUACUGCAACUCGCUGUUGGCUGGGCUCCCUGCCUGUGCCAUUAAACCCCUACAACUCAUCCAGAAUGCCGCAGCCCGUCUGGUGUUCAACCUUCCCAAGUUCUCUCACGCCACCCCGCUCCUCCGCACACUCCACUGGCUUCCAGUUGAAGCUCGCAUCUGCUACAAGACCAUGGUGCUUGCCUACAGAGCUGUGAGGGGAACGGCACCUCCGUACCUUCAGGCUCUGAUCAGUCCCUACACCCAAACGAGGGCAUUGCGUUCAUCCACCUCUGGCCUGCUGGCCCCCCUACCUCUGCGGAAGCACAGUUCCCGCUCAGCCCAGUCAAAACUGUUCGCUGCUCUGGCACCCCAAUGGUGGAACAAGCUCCCUCAAGACGCCAGGACAGCGGAGUCACUCACCACCUUCCGGAGACACUUGAAACCCCACCUCUUUUUAAGGAAUACCUGGGAUAGGAUAAAGUAAUCCUUCUACCCCCCCUUACACCACCCCCCCCCCCCCCAAAAAAAGUAAAAAAAUAAACAUAUUGUAAAGUGUUUAUCCCACUGCCUAUAAGGUGAAUGCACCAAUUUGUAAGUCGCUCUGGAUAAGAGCGUCUGCUAAAUGCCGUAAAUGUAAAUGUACUCUGGUAAAAAAAAAAACAUGGUCUACAUGAUAGAUCAGAGGUACUGAUAUCUGAGCCUUGAGGUCAUGUGUAGUGCAGGUAUUGUUUUCUUCUUGGUAGUUUAUUAAUUGAUCUGUACGUACUGGAAACUUCACCCUGAAACUGAAAACCAGCAAUGCUUUUGACCUCAAGGCCCGGAGUUAAGGGGGCAAUAGAUUAAGUCUGAAGACCGGACACAAACCACAACCCACCCGCCACUUUUCCUUUCAUCUCUGACAUACACUCCACUCUCUCCCAUCACAGUUUACACAAACACCCUACAGUAGUAAUUUCCCCAUAACCGUCCCCAAACUACUACCCCUCGCAAAAUGACACGCUGACUUGAUAAUUAUUGCUUGGCAGUGGCUAAGCGGCGCCUAGCUAAUGGCCAUGUGUCUGUGUCGUGUUCCUGUUCCCCUCUCCCCUGCAGUCUGUCUGCCGUAGCUGUGGGGCAUCCUCCGACCCCCUGCCCUUCACUGAGCUAGUGCAUUAUGUCUCCACCACUGCCCUCUGGUAAGCCAUGCUUAUUGUUUUCGAACUGACAUCACACAGAACACAUUUCUCUAUGUUCCUCGUAGGGUUACUGAGUGACUUUUGUACUUUCUAGCUUUGUCUCUCUCUAAUAUACACGCGCACACAGGUGCACAUGCAAGCAUAUUUAUCUCUAUCCUUCUCCAUCUCUUUACCUUUCUUUCCUUGUCUCACACUCUUUCAUUCUCUGGUUCACUCAGUCAACAGGUGUAUCAGAGGCGGGACCAGUCAUUUGGAGAGCUGCUGCAAGCGGCCAGCACCAUCGGGGAUUCCCGCAACUGUCCGGUAAGUGGCUGCCCCAUCAAGCAUUAAGAAAGUCAUGCAUGUCAAUGGAAAAUUUGUGCAAAGACUAUCGCACACAAGUCAAGUCAGGAUGCACCUCCAUCUCCAUCACACUAAACAACUACUAAGGAGGAGAAAUUCGGAAAAUCACUAGCAAGACAACAGCAGAAAAAUAAACUGUGAAAUUGUAUUUAUGGUUCUUGGUACUUAGUUAGUUAGUUGGCUAGUUACUUUGCUUAGUUAGUUAGUUAAGCUGGUUAGUUAGCUCUGCUCCCCUUGUUACAUAUCUUGCCUCUCUCUGUCAUCAGAGUAACUGUGGCCAGAGGAUCAAGAUCCGCCGUGUCCUCAUGAACUCUCCAGAGAUAGUCACCAUCGGCUUCGUGUGGGACUCGGACCAGUCGGACCUCACAGAAGACGUCAUUCGCUCGCUGGGGCCACACCUCAACCUUUCCGGGGUAAGGACAUCAAGCCAUCAGGGACCAAAAGCACAUUACUACGAAGCUCAGUUCAGUAGGGUAGAGCUAUGUCAGUCGGUCUGCUCUUGUGUUUUGUUCAAUGAAAGUGCACCUACUACCAUACCCCAUUCAAAGGCACUUCAAUUGUCUCAAGGCUUAAACAUCCUUCUUUAACCUGUCUCCUCCACUUCAUCUACACUGAUUGAUUUAACAAGUGACAUCAAUAAGGGAUCAUAGCUUUCACCUGGAUUCACCUGGUCAGUCUAUGUCAUGGAAAGAGAAGGUGUCCUUAAUGUUUUGUACUCUCAGUGUAUCUAAAGUUGGAUAGCACUUUAUAAUAAUGUAACAAAGCAUUUAUAAUGGAUUAGUAAAUAGUUCAUUCAUAAUGUAUUAAUCAUUACUCCAUUCAUAAGAUGUUUAACACUCAGAGCACCAGAAUUCCAUAACUACUAGAAUGGCCAUGAUGGUCAUUCUGACCGUUGAUAUUUCAAGUGUAUAAAUAUUCUAUAAUAAAUUGCUAAAUUAAUGCUUUUAUUAUGUUAAGAUAGGUCAUAAGAAACCUCAGGACACAAAAUGUAAAUUGUAAUCAGUCAGAAAAUGUAUUGAUUGAUUUAGAAGCGAUAGUGAUGCAUACCCAGCUGGCCUGUCCACACUACAUCUAACUACAUUGAAACUAAUUUCACACACAAAAUAAUAAAUUAUGCCUAAAGACAAGAUUGAAUUGACAAUAGUCUGAUGGGUGACAAUAUUAUCAAUUGUCAAAUCGAGAAUGAAGAGACGGAGGACCUGCACAGUGUGCAUUGACAAAGAAGUGAGGAGUGUACCGAAUAGCACUUGAGCGUACCAAAUAGCACUUCUUCCAUAUCAUCCUACAGAGUCCAUGCAGGCCAGACGUUAUGAUUGCUACAGUGAGGGAAAAAAGUAUUUGAUCCCCUGCUGAUUUUGUACGUUUGCCCACUGACAAAGACAUGAUCAGUCUAUAAUUUUAAUGGUAGGUUUAUUUGAAAAGUGAGAGACAGAAUAACAACAAAAAAAUCCAGAAAAACGCAUGUCAAUAAUGUUAUAAAUUGAUUUGCAUUUUAAUGAGGGAAAUAAGUAUUUGACCCCUCUGCAAAACAUGACUUAGUACUUGGUGGCAAAACCCUUGUUGGCAAUCACAGAGGUCAGACGUUUCUUGUAGUUGGCCACCAGGUUUGCACACACCUCCUCUUUGCAGAUCUUCUCCAAGUCAUUAAGGUUUCGAGGCUGACGUUUGGCAACUCGAACCUUCAGCUCCCUCCACAGAUUUUCUAUGGGAUUAAGGUCUGGAGACUGGCUAGGCCACUCCAGGACCUUAAUGUGCUUCUUCUUGAGCCACUCCUUUGUUGCCUUGGCCGUGUGUUUUGGGUCAUUGUCAUGCUGGAAUACCCAUUUUCAAUGCCCUGGCUGAGGGAAGGAGGUUCUCACCCAAGAUUUGAUGGUACAUGGCCCCGUCCAUCGUCCCUUUGAUGCGGUGAAGUUGUCCUGUCCCCUUAGCAGAAAAACACCCCCAAAGCAUAAUGUUUCCACCUCCAUGUUUGACGGUGGGGAUGGUGUUCUUGGGGUCAUAGGCAGCAUUCCUCCUCCUCCAAACACGGCGAGUUGAGUUGAUGCCAAAGAGCUCGAUUUUGGUCUCAUCUGACCACAACACUUUCACCCAGUUCUCCUCUGAAUCAUUCAGAUGUUCAUUGGCAAACUUCAGACAGGCCUGUAUAUGUGCUUUCUUGAGCAGGGGGACUUUUGCGGGCGCUGCAGGAUUUCAGUCCUUCACGGCGUAGUGUGUUACCAAUUGUUUUCUUGGUGACUAUGGUCCCAGCUGCCUUGAGAUCAUUGACAAGAUCCUCCCGUGUAGUUCUGGGCUGAUUCCUCACCGUUCUCAUGAUCAUUGCAACUCCACGAGGUGAGAUCUUGCAUGGAGCCCCAGGCAGAGGGAGAUUGACAGUUAUUUUGUGUUUCUUCCAUUUGCGAAUAAUCGCACCAACUGUUGUCACCUUCUCACCAUGCUGCUUGGCGAUGGUCUUGUAGCCCAUUCCAGCCUUGUGUAGGUCUACAAUCUUGUCCCUGACAUCCUUGGAGAGCUCUUUGGUCUUGGCCAUGGUGGAGAUUUUGGAAUCUGAUUGAUUGAUUGCUUCUGUGGACAGGUGUCUUUUAUACAGGUAACAAGCAGAGAUUAGGAGCACUCCCUUUAAGAGUGUGCUCCUAAUCUCAGCUCGUUACCUGUAUAAAAGACACCUGGGAGCCAGAAAUCUUUCUGAUUGAGAGUGGGUCAAAUACUUAUUUCCCUCAUUAAAAUGCAAAUCAAUUUGUAAAAUUUUUGACAUGCUAUUUUCUGGAUUAUUUUGUUGUUAUUCUGUCUCUCACUGUUCAAAUUAACCUACCAUUAAAAUUAUAGACUGAUCAUUUCUUUGUCAGUGGGAAAACGUACAAAAUCAGCAGGGGAUCAAAUACUUUUUUCCCCUCACUGUAUACCCUAUCAGAAAGAGCAGAUUCCAAGGCUUUUAAUGAACCUAUGUUUGCCAAACAACUCUACAAAUUGCGCGGAUGGUCUCUGUUUCAAAAUAUACAUUUUUCCAAGAAUAACCGUGGCUCCAUGCAUUCCUCAUGUGAGUAGGCUACUGGUGACAAUCAGCAAUAGCCAUUUGGGAAAAAUAUCCUUUAUUUUCUUCUAUAUAUGUGUGUUGACUGUGGUAGGGCAGGGCCUGGGAUGUCUGCUAAAGUUGAUUUCAUUGGUAUGGCGCAGCCAUAGAUUGGCAUGGCGCAGCCAUAGCCUUGUCUUCUAAGUACAGAUAAAUAAAACUCAAAGCAUGCUAUUCUGUUCUUUUUAAAUAAAUUGCCUUGUAUUUUUUUUUUAUGACCUUCCUAAACAAAAUAUUAAUGGAUUUCUUUGUGAUUGUGUACACUGAGAAUACAAAACAUUAACAACACCUGCUCUUUCCAUGACAUAGACUGACCAGGUGAAUCCAUGUGAAAGCUAUGAUCCCUUAUUGAUGUCACUUGGUAAAUCCACUUCAAUCAGUGUAGAUGAAGGGGAGGAGACGGGUUAAAGAAGGAUUUUUAAGCCUUGAGACAAUUGAGACAUGGAUUGUGUAUGUGUGCCAUUCCGAGGGUGAAUGGGCAAGACAAAAUAUUUAAGUGCCUUUGAACGGGGUAUGGUAGUAGGUGCCUGGUGCACCGGUUUGUGUCAAGAACUGCAACGCUGCUGGGUUUUUCACGUUCAACAGCUUCCCGUGUGUAUCAAGAAUGGUCCACCACCCAAAGGACAUCCAGCCAACUUGAUACAACUGUGGGAAGCAUUGGAGUCAACAUGGGCCAGCAUUACUGUGGAACACUUUCGACACAGUCCAUGCCCUGAUGAAUUGAGGCUGUUCUGAGGGCAAAAGGGGGCGGUGCAACUCAAUAUUAGGAAGGUGUUCCUAUUGUUUGAUAUACUCAGUGUACAUUAAAACUAGCAAGGCAGAGAGCAUUAUAAUGACUCAAAACAAAUGUACAUUUUAAAGUCAUGUCCCCCUCGUCCUUGACUUUUCCUAAAUAAGUCUAUAUAAUACACUCUCAUUGGUAGACUCUUAAAAUCACAAACAGAACUGGAGUAUUUGUAUUUAUUAUGGAUCUCCAUUAAAAAUGCAGAGUUGGUCCAGCAAAAUUAAGGCAGUUAUAUACAAAUAAAAACAUGACAUUUCACAACAGAUUUCACAACACAUUAAGUGUGUGCCCUUAGGCCACUACUCUACUACCACAUAUCUACAACACAAUCCAUGUGUACGUGUGUGUAUAGUGCGUAUGUUAUCGUGUGUGUGUGUCUCUUCACAGCCCCCGCUAUUCCAUAAGGUGUAGUUUUAUCUGUUUAUCUGGAGUUCUAAGCAGUUUUAGGAGGGCAUGUAAUUUUUUUUAUGGUUUUCCCUGGCUUGUACUUUUCCUUCUCCGAUAGUUGAAUGCGCCGUGCCCAGUUGAUAAUUAUCCGGAUAAUUGCCUCGAAACUGGCCUAAUCACCAAUUGUGAAUGAAGAACAGGGCGGGCCGUUCUGUUGUAUUCAUCUAUUGUAAUUAUAAUCUCAAAACGGUGUACCCUAUAUCAGUCCACCGAAUCCAAGCAAUUUUAUCAGUUUACUCAAGGACUACUUGGAGUAGGCUACACAGUGAGAGUGUGUCAUUUACAAUGGUAAGACCAAGAUGAAUGGAUGCUGCAUUAGAGUUGCUACAAGAUCUGAAUGAAAACAACCUAAAUGGCGGGGAAGAAAUGGAUCAUGACAUCUGAUUAUUAUUAUUCUGAUUCAUGCUGAACGGCUUUCCAUAUCUGGGAAAGCAGAUGAGUCUCGGAUAAUGUUUUGGAUCAGAUGGCACGGCUGUACUAGGUGAAAGGAGGAACUCAAGCAGUGCUUGAACACCAUGAGCAGGAAAGACAUCAUCAGUCUGGCACACAGGCUACGUGAGCGACAUAUGAGGGCCAAGGUAGCAGCAAAGAUUCCACGGGAGCCAUUGUGCAAGCCAAAUUGCGCACAGCUCCCGGGGAGGAGAAACUGCAAGGUGGGCAGAUGCACUCGGAACAGAACCCACAACACCUGUUUCAGCUGCAAGCGACUUAUUUGUGGGAAGUGUUGCAAUCAAGUGAAAGUGAUGAAGAUGUGUGGUGACUGUUAGGACAAGGGAUAACAGCUAAAUGUGAUUCAACUGUUGCGUGAAGACGCACACCAUACUGUAAGCACGAGCGAGGCCACAAAUAAUGUGUCCAAUAACUGACAAUAAUAGACUAUUUUUGACCGCUGUCAUAUUGACACUUAUAUUCAUUAUAAUGCCAUUAUGUGUGCAGAUUUUCACUAUUCACAAUGUUUAGGCUACUGAUAUCUUCUGAUAUUUUCUUAAUUGACUACGUGUCUUGCGGUUUGGGUAUUUUUAUUUGUUUUGCCGUUAGUAAAAUAUUUUACUUUGUUUCAACGCACAUGCUUUUUGUUUCAUAGUUAUAACAAAAGGCACGCCACUAAUAAAAUAGAUUUUAUUCUUGAAAUUCAGUGUUUUAUUUACUGUUUUUUCGUUUUUACAUAUACUGUAGCCUACAGCAGGGUUUCCCAAACUCUUUGUAUGUUUAGUUUUUUGCCCUAGCACUACACAGCUGAUUCAAAUAAUCAACUAAUCAUCAAGGUCUGAAAAUGUGAAUCAGCUGUGUAGUGUUAGGGCAAAAAACUAAACGUGCACCCCUUGGGGUCCCGAGGACAGAGUUUGGGAAACGCUGGGCCCUACAGUAACAUACACUAAUGAAAAUGCUGUUAUGUUCUUUCAAAUAUUUACAUUUGUUACCUAAGACCUUCAUAAACGCAACCAAAUGACAUUGGCACGAAGGGGGGGUGGGGGGGUCCAACGAGGCCAGGCUUUUCCAGUUAAAUGGAUUUAUUAGACUGGUGGCUAUUGGUACUCCUCGAGGUCCGGCUAUUCUACUGUUAAAUAUGCAUUUAGUCAGCUUUGAGGAUGAAAUGCUUAUGAAUUUAUCUGAAAGUACUGCUAGAAUGUAAAAUACACAUUUAGGAUAAGUCCGGGAUAGGUGGGUUCAAGGUUUUUAUUGAAAUUAAGUUAUUGAAAUGACAACAUUUAAAACGGUGUUAAUAUAGGUCCUUAUAAACCAUUUACUAAUCAUUAGUUACGUAUUUUUGCGUGGCCUCCUCUAAAGUGUGGGCUAUUUAUACUUUAUAAAUACUUUUAUAAAUGUUUUAAGUGACCAGUGUAAUAAAAAUAAAAAAAGAUGGACAUUAUAAAGUGCUACCUAAAGUUGGAUCUUUGAUGGAGGACAAGCGGGAACAAGCCAAAUACCUGUGAAGAAACUUUGAGAUGGCCAAAAACCCUCACACAAGAUAAAAAAACUUCUUAUUCCAAGAUUCACAAUAAUCUUCGACUGUCAGCCCGUACAAAAACAGAUUAGUCAAUUAGUCUGAUUAAAAUGGCCAAGGCACUGAUUGCACCAAAACAAAAUGUCUGCCUCAGCCCCAAAAUUACAUGAACCCUCGAAUAGGAAAAACAACAAAAACAAUACACUAUUGUGAAUUUGUCAAGCUCCUAAAAUAUGUUUGGUUUUACUCAAUUUGCUUUCUGUCUUGUGUUUUUGUUUGUUUGUUGGAGCCUCCACAGCUGGCGUUCCUUGCCCUGGUUGGGUUGGGGUCUGUUUUAUUUUGGUGCCGUGGAGCGUAUGUGGGAAAUAAAGUGGGUCUUCAUCCCUCUAAGUCGGAGCGUUGCGUAAGCAGUGUGCGGUGCGUUGCCCAGUUAGCCCACGUCGCUGAUCAAAAACCCCCUGCUGCACAGGGCCAGUUCAUGUCAAUGCUUCCUCAGUGCCACGAUGGAAGGGCACUUUGUGUGUGUGUGUGUGAGCGAGUCAGUGUGUUUAUAGUAUGUGUAAGAGAAUGGUGCGUGUGUGAGAAAGGGGGAGGAGUCCUGCCAUGUAUGGAAGAUGUGGUGUGUGUUUUUCUGUGAGUUGGCACUGUGUACACGUUUUGGAGUACAGAGUGUCCUUGGCUUGGGCGUGCAGGAGGUUUAAUUUGUAACACUCAACUCUGGCUGACACUAUUCCUGUUCCUUUAAGAUUUUUUUUUUUUUUGCAGACAUGGAAUGAGCUUUGAUAAAACCUACUACAAACCUAAGACAAACUCUUACAGACCAGGCCCAACAUAUUACACAACAUCCCUCUUGAAGACUACAGGCACAGAUUCCUCUUUGCUCCUCUCCUUGUUUUGAGUGCAUUCCAGAACUGGAUUAGUCUAGCAGAACCCCCACCAAGUACCACAAAGGGCUUGACUCAUUCUCGUACUGUUCAUGUGACUGUGCUGGGUGUCAGAGAGAACCUCCCCCUGCCUAGGAAUCCAUUGUCUCCCCUAGCCAAAGAGAACUGGCCAUUCAGGAAAUAUACAGUGCUAUGAAAAAGUAUUUGCUCCCUUUCUAAUUUUCUCUACUUUUGCAUAUUUGUGAUACUGAAUGUUAUCAGAUCUACAACCAAAACCUAAUAUUAGAUUAAGGGAACAUAAGUGAACAAAUAACACAAGUACAUAUUUAUUUCAUAAACAAAGUUAUGCAACACCCAAUUCCCCUGUGUGAAAAAGUAAUUCCCCCCUUACACUCAAUAACUGGUUGUGCCACCUUUAGCUGCAAUGACUCCAACCAAAUGCUUCCUAUAGUUGUUGAUCAGUCUCUCACGUCGCUGUGAAGGAAUUUUGGCCCACUCUUCCAUGCAGAACUGCUUUAACUCAGUGACGUGUGGGUUUUCAAGCAUGAACUGCUCGUUUCAAGUCCUGCCACAACAUCUCAAUUGGGAUUAGGUGUGGACUUUGACUAGGCCAUUCCAAAACUUCCAAUUUGUUGCUUUUUAGCAAUUUGCAUGUAGACUUGAUUGUGUGUUUUGGAUCAUUGUCUUGCUGCAUGACCCAGCUGCGCUUCAGCUUCAGCUCACAGACGGAUGGUCUGACAUUCUCCUGUAGAAUUCUCUGAUACAGAGCAGAAUUCAUGGUUCCUUCUAUUAAGGCAAGUCAUCCAGGUCCUGAGGCAGCAAAUCAUCCCCAAACCAUCACACCACCACCACCACCAUGCUUGACCUUUGGUAUGAUGUUCUUACUGUGGAAUGCAGUGUUUGGUUUUCGCCAGGCAUAAUGGGACCCAUCUCGUCCAAAAAGUUGACUCAAGUUUGCCAAAAAGCACCUGGAUGAUCAUCAAUACUCUUGGGAGAACGUUGUAUGGACAGAUGAUUCAAAAGUAUAACUUUUUGGACGACAUGGUUCCAGUAAUGGUGGCACAACCAGUUAUUGAGUGUAAGAGUGCAAUUACUUUUUCACACAGGGGAAUUGGGUGUUGCAUAACUUUGUUUAUGAAAUAAAUAUGUAAUUGUUGUGUUAUUUGUUCACUUAUGUUCCCUUUAUCUAAUAUUAGGUUUUGGUUGAAGAUCUGAUAACAUUCAGUAUCACAAAUAUGCAAAAGUAGAGAAAAUUAGAAAGGGGGCAAAUACUUUUUCAUAGCACUGUAGGUGGGAAAAACUGGUUAUUUUACAACCUCCUCAUCCAGCGGUCUAUUCAAACUGGUGGGAGGCUGUGGUUAUACUGAUAAUGGCCUGAACUAGCUAGAUGGAAACUGCUAGAUAUGUGGAAAUGUACAAAGCAAACGAGACCCGCAACAGUCCAAGUUGAAGGGUAUUUAUACUGUAAAAUGCUAACGUGUGGAUGACAAACAUGAUAGUUUUGGCCAUACAGUGAGGGGAAAAAAGUAUUUGAUCCCCUGCUGAUUUUGUACGUUUGCCCACUGACAAAGACAUGAUCAGUCUAUAAUUUUAAUGGUAGGUUUAUUUGAACAGUGAGAGACAGAAUAACAACAACAAAAUCCAGAAAAACACAUGUCAAAAAUGUUAUAAAUUUUUUUGCAUGUUAAAGAGGGAAGUAUGUAUUUGACCCCUCUGCAAAACCCUUGUUAGCAAUCACAGAGGUCAGACGUUUCUUGUAGUUGGCCACCAGGUUUGCAAAAUCUCAGGAGGGAUUUUGUCCCACUCCUCUUUGCAGAUCUUCUCCAAGUCAUUAAGGUUUCGAGGCUGACUUUUGGCAACUCGAACCUUCAGCUCCCUCCACAGAUUUUCUAUGGGAUUAAGGUCUGGAGACUGGCUAGGCCACUCCAGGACCUUAAUGUGCUUCUUCUUGAGUCACUCCUUUGUUGCCUUGGCUGUGUGUUUUGGGUCAUUGUCAUGCUGGAAUACCCAUCCAUGACCCAUUUUCAAUGGCCUGGCUGAGGGAAGGAGGUUCUCACCCAAGAUUUGACAGUACAUGGCCCCGUCCAUCGUCCUUUUGAUGCGGUGAAGUUGUCCUGUCCCCUUAGCAGAAAAACAUCCCCAAAGCAUAAUGUUUCCACCUCCAUGUGUGACGGUGGGGAUGGUGUUCUUGGGGUCAUAGGCAGCAUUCCUCCUCCUCCAAACACGGCGAGUUGAGUUGAUGCCAAAGAGCUCGAUUUUGGUCUCAUCUGACCACAACACUUUCACCCAGUUCUCCUCUGAAUCAUUCAGAUGUUCAUUGGCAAACUUCAGACGGCCCUGUAUAUGUGCUUUCUUGAGCAGGGGGACCUUGCGGGCGCUGCAGGAUUUCAGAGUUUCACGGCGUAGUGUGUUACCAAUUGUUUUCUUGGUGACUAUGGUCCCAGCUGCCUUGAGAUCAUUGACAAGAUCCUCCCGUGUAGUUCUGGGCUGAUUCCUCACCAUUCUCAGGAUCAUUGCAACUCCACGAGGUGAGAUCUUGCAUGGAGCACAAGGCCGAGGGAGAUUGACAGUUCUUUUGUGUUUCUUCCAUUUGCGAAUAAUCGCACCAACUGUUGUCACCUUCUCACCAAGCUGCUUGGUGAUGGUCUUGUAGCCCAUUCCAGCCUUGUGUAGGUCUACAAUCUUGUCCCUGACAUCCUUGGAGAGCUCUUUGGUCUUGGCCAUGGUGGAGAGUUUGGAAUCUGAUUGAUUGAUUGCUUCUAUGGACAGGUGUCUUUUAUACAGGUAACGAACUGAGAUUAGGAGCACUCCCUUUAAGAGUGUGCUCCUAAUCUCAGCUCGUUACCUGUAUAAAAGACGCCUGGGAGCCAGAAAUCUUUCUGAUUGAGAGGGGGUCAAAUACUUAUUUCCCUCAUUAAAAUGCAAAUCAAUUUCUAACAUUUUUGACAUGCGUUUUUCUGGAUUUUUUUGUUGUUAUUCUGUCUCUCACUGUUCAAAUAAACCUACCAUUAAAAUUAUAGACUGAUCAUUUUUUUGUCAGUGGGCAAACAUACAAAAUCAGUAGGGGAUCAAAUACUUUUUUCCCUCACUGUAUGUGACUGAGAAUGGUCAAACCCGGGUCUGCUGCAUGAUACAAGACUGUGUUAGUCCAUUGAGCUAAAGCCUAGGCAUUAGUUCGGGGAGCUAAUGUAAGUCUUCAGGCAAGGUUACUCGUGGGCAGCAUGGGAUUGUUUUUGUGUAUUUGGGUCAUUUCUAUCUCAUUUGAUGCAAAUAAAGUAAUUGAAAUGUGUGUAUGUGUCCGCAGCUCUUCUACCGGGUGACCGACGAGCACGCCAAAAAGGGAGAGUUGCUAUUGGUUGGGAUGAUCUGUUACUCCAGCCGCCACUACUGUGCCUUCGCCUUCCACACCAAAUCCGCCAAAUGGGUCUUCUUCGACGACGCCACCGUCAAAGAGGUGAGAGCUCGUUACAAAAUACACACUCUCCAAGCAAGUAAGCAAACAUACACGCUUACCUGACCCAAUGCCCUUAUAGCCUCAGUCUUUUGCUGUGGUGAGAUAUGAUGCUCGGACCAUACGCGCACAAGCGCGCACAUACGUUUUAUAACUAGACUAAUUAGACUAACUAAAGUAAUGUUAGGUUGGUAACUGGCAUGAAUAGUUCUUCGCCUAUUUAAAUAAAACAAUAAACACAAUCUGAUAUCAAUGGAACAGUUUCUAGAAACUGAUUUAGAUAUUAUAGGCUACCUGCAGUCCACAGAGAGCUAAACUGUCCCCAGCCAGCAACUCAAAGCACAGUGCAUAAAUGUACUUGUCUGAACUGAUAAAAGCGGGCAGUUUUACGAGCGAGCAAGGAGCACCCUGUUCCAUCUCUUAUCUCCAUCGCCACAAUCUUUAUCGUCUAUAAGGGCCCCAUCGACCGCCCUUCACCACCCCUGGGUUGAUGAGCCUUCAGUGGGGUUGAAAAGUCUGCUAUAAUCACCACCACCACCCACACAGACACAUACGCAAGCACACAUACACGCACGAAAGCAAGGAAGCGCGCGCACGCACACACACACACACACACACACACUGGGCAAAAACUGUUUGAAUCAACCCAAAAAAAUGAAGGCGACGACGUAGAAUCAACGUGGAAAACUAAUUGGAUUUGCAAAAAGUAAUCAAGUUAAGGGCUUUUCGUCUUUUUUUUCCCUCACAACUUUUAACUUAAAUCCAAUGACAUGGUGAAAUGUUUUGUUGGUUUCUGACAACAAAAAUAUAAACCCAACAUGCAACAAUUUCAUAGAUUUUACUGAGUUACACUUCAUAUGAGGAAAUCUGUCAAUUGAGAUCAAUUCAUUAGGCCCUAAUCUAUGGAUUUCACAUGACUGGUAAUAAAUUUUAUUAAUUUAUUUAUUUAAAUCCCGAUUAGCCAAUGCCAAUCUGUUGGUCACAGACACCUUUUUAAAAAAUGGGCCUCACAAAUGGGCCCCAGGAUCUCAUCACAGUAUUUUUGUGCAUUCAAAUUGCCAUUGAAAAAAUGCAAUUAUGUUCGUUGUCCGUAACUUAUGCCUGCCCAUACCAUAACCCCGCCGCCACCAUGGGGCACUCUGUUCACAACGUUGGCUUCAGAAAACCGCUCACCCACAUGACGCCAUACACAUUGUCUGCAGUGGUGAGGCUGGUUAGAUGUUCUGCCAAAUUCUCUAAACCGACAUUGGAGGCGGCUUAUGGUAGAGAAAUUAACAAUAAAUUAUCUGGCACUAGCGGUGGUGAACAUUCCUGCAGUCAGCAAGCCAAUUGCAUGCUCCCUCAAAACUUGAGACAUCUGUGGCAUUGUGUUGUGUGACAAAACUGCACAUUUUAGAGUGUCCUUUUAUUGUCCCCAGCACAAGGUGCACCUGUGUAAUGAUCAUGCUGUUUAAUCAGCUUCUUGAUAUGCCACACCUGUCAGAUGGAUGGAUUAUAUUGGCAAAGGAGAAAUACUCACUAACAGGGAUGUAAACAAAUUUGUGCCCAAAAUCUGAGAGAAAUAAGCUUUUUGUGCGUAUGGAACAUUUCUGGGAUCUUUUAUUUCAGUUUAUGAAACAUGGGACCAACACUUUACAUGUUGCGUUUAUAUUUUUAUUCAGUGCAAAUCAAAACUGGACGUUGAACUGUUGUCUGUGCCCAGUGGGACACCUUUUCCCCCCUUCAUUUUAGUUGUUGAGCAGACACUCUUAUCUAGAGUGACUUACAAAUAGUGCAUUCAUCUUAAGAUGGCUAGGUGAGACAACCACACAGUCAUAGUCAGUACAUUUUUCCUCAAAGUAGCUAUCAACAAUGUCAGAGCUAGUAAGAAAGGUGAGUGUGAGUGUUAGUUCAAGAAAGGCAAGGGUGUUAGUUUUAAUUUCUUUUUUUGUGUGGGUGGGAGACACAUUCACAAGGGCACACACACACACUCACAAGUGUACAAACACCCAGACACACAGCAGCACUUGUACAGUAGUAGUGUACUAGGGUUUCCCAAUAAACUAUUAAAGCAGUUAAUUGCAUCGUCAGUCAUCCACAGUUGAGCUACACUAUUUAGUGGACUUCUUGGAUAUAUUGAAAUGACUCGUGGUAGGAAUUGGUCUUUUGCGUGCAAAUGACUGUGUGUGUGCGUGUAUAUAUGCAUAAGUGAGUGUGCUAAUGAACGGCACAGUGUAUGUGUCCAGUCCAUUUGACUGGACUGCGGUUCAGGGGCUGGCUGGCGCCGAGUCAAUACAUCAGCAGCUUAUGCUGUCUGUGCACUUCAGCCCUACUGGGACAGAGGGCUACAGUACAGCACCCUUAGCCAGAUAAAUAAUACUCCAUAUACCUGCUGUAUUGCUUCUUAUUCUCUCACUGCCUCACACCAAGUAACGAGCAGACAUGCCCUACAGUUUAUGGAUAGCUUUUAAAACUUCAACAAUUGGAAUUUGUUAUUUUAUUAGGAUCCCCAUUAGCUGUUGCAAAAGCAGCAGCUACUCUUCCUGGGGUCCACAUGAAACAUGACAUAAUACAGAACAUUAAUAGACAAGAACAGCUCAAGGACAGAACUACAUACUUUUUUAAAGGCACACGUAGCCUACAUAUCAAUACAUACACAAACUAUACAGUGCAUUCGGAAAGUAUUCAGACCCCUUGACUUUUUCCAAAUUUUGUUACGUUACAGCCUUAUUCUAAAAUGGAUUAAAACGUUUUUUUUUAAAACAUCAAUCUACACACAAUACCCCAUAAUUACAAAGCGAAAACAGGUUCUGAAAUUUUUGCAAAUGUAUUAAAAAUAAAAAACAUACCUUAUUUACAUAAGUAUUCAGACCCUUUGCUAUGAGACUCGAAAUUGAGCUCAGGUGCAUCCUGUUUCCAUUGAUCAUCCUUGAUGUUUCUACAACUUAAUUGGAGUCCACCUGUGGUAAAUUCAGUUGAUUGGACAUGAUUUGGAAAGACACACGCCUGUCUAUAUAAGGUCUCACCAUUGACAGUUCAUGUCAGAGCAAAAACCAAGCCAUGAGGUCGAAGGAAUUGUCCGUAGAGCUCUGAGACAGGAUUGUGUCGAGGCACAGAUCUGGGGAAGGGUGGCAAAAAAUGUCUGCGGCAUUGAAGGUCCCCAAGAACACAGUGGCCUCCAUCAUUCUUAAAUGGAAGAAGUUUGGAACCACCAAGACUCUUCCUAGAGCUGGCUGCCCGGCCAAACUGAGAAAUCAGGGGAGAAGGGCCUUGGUCAGGGAGGUGACCAAGAACUCGAUGGUCAUUCUGACAGAGCUCCAGAGUUCCUCUGUGGAGAUCGGAGAACCUUCCAGAAGGACAACCAUCUCUGCAGCACUCCAUCAAUCAGGCCUUUAUGGUAGAGUGGCCAGACGGAAGCCACUCCUCAGUAAAAGGCACAUGACAGCCCGCUUGGAGUUUGCCAAAGGCACCUAAAUGACUCUCAGACCAUGAGAAACAAGAUUCUCUGGUCUGAUGAAACCAUGCUGUGGGGAUGUUUUUCAGCGGCAGGGACUGGGAGACUAGUCAAGAUCGAGGGAAAGAUGAACGGAGCAAAGUACAGAGAGAUCCUUGAUGAAAACCUGCUUCAGAGCGCUCAGGACCUCAGACUGGGGCGACGGUUCACCUUCCAACAGGACAACGACCCUAAGCACACAGCCAAGACAACGCAGGAGUGGCUUCGGGACAAGUCUCUGAAUGUCCUUCAGUGGCCCAGCCAGAGCCCAGAUUUGAACCCGAUGGAACAUCUCUGGAGAGACCUGAAAAUAGCUGUGCAGCAAUGCUCCCCAUCCAACCUGACAGAGCUUGAGAGGAUCUGCAGAGAAGAAUGGGAGAAACUCCCCAAAUACAGGUGUGCCAAGCUUGUAGCGUCAUACCCAAGAAGACUCGAGGCUGUAAUUUCUGCCAAAGGUGCUCCAACAAAGUACAGAGUAAAGGGUCUGAAUACUUAUGUAAAUGUUGUAUUUCAGUUUUUUUUUUUUUUUUUUUUGCACACAAAAAAUCCUUUAAUUAUGGGGUAUUGUGUGUAGAUUGAUGAAAAAACAAAACAAUUUAAACCUUUUUAGAAUAAGGCUGUAACGUAACAAAAUGUGGAAAAAGUGAAGGGGUAUGACUACUUUCCGAAUGCACUAUAUUUGACAGGUUGUGUUUUGUUGACUGUCAUUCUUGUCAUACAUUCUUUUUUAAUUUAUUGUUGCAGCAGCAGUAGUGAUUCAGUGUUUCUCCUUUGUGUUUUGUCCCGGGCAAGGAACAGUGUUCACCAUCAAAAUGUCAACUCAAAGCAACCUCUUCUAACUUUUUUAUUUUCCCUCAUUUUGCUUUCCUUUCUUCCUCUUCCUCUUUCACUCUCUCUUACCUUCUGCUCCUCUCUCCUCUCUCCCCACUCCUUCAUUUGGUUAAUUAAGGAGCACACUAGCAUCUGUUAGCCUCCAGUCUGCCUCAGGCAUUUUCUAGCGAGGCACGCACCUAGCCCAGCUCAGCUAAUGUGAUUGUGAGACUCCGCUUCAGUGCAUGUAUUUCACUUAAGAUCCAGGACAAAGGGAAAAUGUUCAUUUGCAGUGCACAGCAAUGCCUCCUUGGACAUUCAGAGUUUUGUGUGGUAUUAGAAAAGUAAAAUUCCUCUCUGAACAGUUGGUGACAUGCCUGAAUCCAAUUGUGCUUCUUCUGGUCUAUGGUCACCGUAUGUUUUUGGGGUAGCGGUUCAAAGAUUGUGUCAAUCGUUUCUCCAAGGUUUUUGUUUGUGCACUAUCCAUGCGUCUCAUUUUUAAACAAGGCAUUAGACAUGAUUAGACUUGCAGGAGAGUAUUCCUGAGAGCCCAACCACUUGAAGUAUAUCAACGAUUUUGGACGAGUCAGUGUUUUCUGAAAGGUGUACACAGAUCAGAGCUAGGGUUUGGGGACCUUAACUUUAAAUGUAGGUUUUGGCAACUGGUGCUCAUCAAAUAAAUACAAGCACUUCAAAAGUAGUAAUGUACAUUGUCACUAAACAAAACAUCUUCUGAAAAGACCUCUCAGGGUAAUGAGAUGAGGAAACUGGUCGGUGCCAGUAAGACAAAGGUGACUUCUUGUUUGUGUGUGUGUAUGCAUGUAGUACACAGACAAACAGCCUUCCAGACGUGCACACACACACACUAUUGACCUCCACAUCUCCUCUCGUUUAUCCUAGAUUGGGACUCGGUGGAAAGACGUGGCCACCAAAUGCAUCAAAGGCCACUUCCAGCCUCUCCUCCUAUUCUACUCCAACCCAGACGGCAACGCCAUCUCCGUAGACGACGCCUCGCGCCAGAACAGCGACCACUCCCGCUACAAGUCCCCCGUCAACGGAGACGUCCAAGGUAUACAAGACAUCGGACAAAGGGACAUUCUUUUUUCUUUCCUUUUUAUGGGAAGAACUACACAACUAGCCCUAGAGUCAUGGAAUUGUACAGCACAAUUUGCAAAUCAAAAUCAUGCAGAAAUUCAGUUUUUUCCAGGAUGCCAAUGGUAUGAAGUCAAAUCACUUUUCAUGUUGUCAUCAAACCAAGAUGUGACUUCAGGUGCUUUUGCGAUGCAGAUGCAGUCUAUAUAAUGAUCUCUGACUUGAGACAACUUGAGACCAAAAUGAGGUCUUGUUCUAGGUUUUUUGGAGACCAGAUUAGAACUGUCCCCCUUUCCAAAGUGGUUAAACCACCGUUCCUCAGCUUCACAUGAGCCAAUUCCCAGGAAACACAUACCACGUUUAUAAUUCAUAGUUUAUUUUAAUUCAUGCUUAACAAGGGGGUGUUAUAUUUAAGUCUGUGCAGUAAAUUCACAGCCAGAGGGGGUCCUAAAAUACGUUCUUCUAAGAGUAGAGUUCUGCAGCACCAGCCAGUUGGAAGUAAUGCCAGCAAGUGUUGACAAUGGUGUGACUGUGGUUACAACUUUUUUUUAACAGCGUAUCCUGAAAUGCACCCUUAACCAAAUGACUGCCACUGCCACAGAGCAGUGGUUCUCAAAGUUUUGGCCAGAACCUCCUUUAAAUAUUUUGGUCAAAGCUUGAGCCCCCUGCCAGAUGCAAAUGAAUGGCUUUUUAUGAAGAGUCAGCCCCACCACAUUCAGUCUGAGCAAGAAUCUGUAAAGAAAAAGUGGAUCUACAGUACACGUUGCAGUAUGGGGUCAAUUGGGUCUGUUCGGGACGCAAUUUUGGUGUCUUUUGAAGUCUCGCAAUGCAUUUGACAUUUUUAUGUCAAGUGUCUAGACUGUGGAUGACCAGAAAAGACGUGCUGUUGACAAAAGUGACUAUAACUCUGCAAAUACGUGCUGCACUUUAAAACAAGUUUGUGUGCCAUCACUUCAGUUGGAUUUAGGGUUGCAAAAUGUCCUGCUUAUUGCCUCCUGAUUCCAGGGAUAUUCAACUGGGAUUUCUGGAAAAGCUGUGAAUUUUGGGAUAGCUGUCGGAAUUGAGCAAUUCUAGUUGGAUUACAGUUUAUAAGUGUAUUAGCUAACGGUGUUCCAACCGAUCAAUACUUGAUUUGAAACGGAACGACAAACGUUCAUGAGCAGAAGGCCUUUAAAAAAAAAAUCCACUUCUUUUUCCGUAUUAUUUAUUUAUUUCUGACGUCGACCUCAACCAUAAUACUCAUUGCCGUUGGCAAGGGCAGGAAGUUGUUGAUUACAACAGCUGAGCAUUUCUUUGUGGGUAUUAAAAACCUCUGGAUUUGUUUAGGGUGUGGUUUAUCCCCCUUAAUGAUCCUCCCUCUAACUCGCUGAGCUGGCCUCGCCCCAGGUCGUCACGUUGACAGCGGCUCACUGGCCUUCAGAGGCAGUGCAGUGUUACAGACGAGCUUAAGAAGAAAGAGGGAACAUUUUACUUUUUUAAUUGUUAUUAUGAAUUUCAGUUAUCACACAUUUUUUUUAUUGCAUAGCGCUCCACUUUUGUAUAUUUCUUUUUAAUUCUCGGGGAGAUUUGGGGAAUUUACUGAAAAGCUAAUGGCAUUGAAUUACAUUACAUCUUUACAUAAUACCUAAGAAUUGCUUUUUGGGAUUGAUGAAAUUGAUCCCAACCCUGAUUUUUCUCACCCUCUUCUCCUUUUCGACCACCCAGCGCCUGAGUCUAUAGUUCCAGGCCCCAAGAAGCUGGACCUGACCAAGGAGAACCUGAAUGCCCUGCUGGGCUCCGGCGGCUUGAAACAGAAGAGCCAGAACCCCUCUAUCCAUAGCUCCACCUUUACCAGGGGCAGCGGCCAGACUAGUGGGGGCCGAGGACCAGGUACGACACAAGGGGUUGUGGUUGGGGGGCUGGUGGGAAAGAGAUUAUGGGAGAGAGGGAGGGAUGUGUAUUUGUACAUACAGGCUCUGGUCAAAAGUUGUGCACUAUAUAGGAAAUAGGGUGCCAUUUGGAAUUCAGCCUUAGUUAUUAUUGCACAUUCCUUUGUUAUUGUGGAGGAUGGUGUAAUGUCUGUCCUUGUUUUGGUCCCCCUUUGUUGUUACUCCCUGCUAAAAGCCAGCAGCUCAACUGUACAAUGUGUUUUGACUGUUUUCUAUCCCCCAGCAAUGGACAAUGUUACCAGUAGCUCAGGGUUUUUGAGAACAGCAAAUCCACUCUGAAUGACUGACAACAAUAGCAGUCAAGUACCUUGUGGGAAAAGCAAUGAAUUGUCCUCACAACACUUAAUUCAGGCAAUGGAGUGACUGUGCAUGCUAUAAGACCAAAUUGUCUUAUCAUUGAUUUCAAUUGGAGGCCUAUACCUUGGAGAGCUGGGAGUGAUCAUAGCACAUAUUCACAGAGAAUCUGUUCUAGCACAUUCUUUGUGCUACAGAGGAUGGGUUUGAAAUGACUGCAGUGCAUAUUUCUAGUUCUAUCCAUCGUCUCUGACUUUCUCCUACGUGGCGAGUGGUGAGAGAUAAGACUCGGGAGGAGAGGGAAAUGGUUUCCGCGGCGCCGCGGGUUCCACCUCGGUGCGUUUCCCCUCACGCAGCAGACAAGCCUGCCGUAUACAUCCGCACAUUGAUCGGCCCUAAAGUUCCCCCCACACUCCCUACCUUACACACUCCGCACUGUUCAAUGCAUCCAUGGGUCUAGUCCGGAUAGAAGGGACGGGAGUGGGGUAGAGGAGGGAUGGAGGAGGUGAAAGAUGGAGUUGGGGUGGCCUAAGUUACUGUAGUUUUGUCUCUGCUUGUGUUGGGCUUUAGAAGCAGAAAUAAAGUUCCCACUUUACCCUGCGUGUUUGACUUUGCUACACAUAAUUUUUGCUCUGUUGCUGCCCCUUGUAUUGUCUAUUGGAAUUCAAGUCACUCUGUAUCGGUUUCUCAAAAUGACUGUCUUGCAGUGACGCUGGGCACCAGUGAUCCUAAGAGCCGUCUGAAGGACAUCUCCAGAGAGGUGGCCCAGAAGGCAGGGGAGAUCCGGGGAAUGCACCCCUCCAGGAGAGACCAGGACAGGACGGAGAAGAGGAGACAGGAUGUCCGCCACAGAGGUAUGGAACUACACACACACACACACACACACACACAGGCACAUACACACAUAUUUACAUGCACACACACACACACACAUGAAGAGAAGAACAAAAAAACCGAUAUGAAACAAUACUGUACAUACCAUUCAUGUACACACACACAGACCAAUGAAAAGACAAGACAAGAUGACCCUUGACACAACGGUGUACACAAUACACACGCAAACCACCAUUAUCAACAUACAUAACAACAAACCAGCAGGCUUUCACCAAAACAAAAGACUAGCAUUUCACCGUACUGGCCCUUACAUAAUCAACCAGGCAGGGUGGUUUGGGAGCAAUGUGUCAGGAUAAGGAUUAGAACGCUGACAUCUGUUCAAGCCUGCCCUCAUCACCCCCACCCCCUCCCUUUUAAUCUCUAACCCUCUGUCAUAUUUCUCUCACCUAUCCUGUCAUUUAAUUUCUGUGAACACCAAAGGGGUAGAAACUAGGGGCAAGGUGCUAGGAACUGAAAUUGAAUUAGCCCCCAAAUCCACCAUACAACCACAGCUGCCCUGUUUGCACCAGGCUCACAUCUCUGUAUGUGUGAAUGCACCAGGAUAACAGAGGCUAGCGUCAUGCCCGUGAUGAAUGGCGAGGCUGGAAGUGACACUACAGUUAAUGUAAGUGGAAUAAAUCCAUCUCGAGCGCUGCUCGUGCCCAGGCUAGCAAGCUGACGUCAUAGCUACUGGACAUGCUUGGAAAAAGAGAAACAUAAGAAAGUUAGCAUUCGGGUCAGAUAGGAAGUGUUGAUGUCAAUGGGAGACAUUGGCUUCAUCCUAAAUGGCAACCUAUUCUCUAUAUAGUGCACUACUUUUGAACGCAGGUUGAACAAAUGUAGUGCACUAUGUAGGAAAUAUAGGAUGUCAUUUGGGACAGACUCAUUUUAUAAUAAUAAUAAUAAUAAUUGGUCAUUUAGCAGACACUCUUAUCCAGAGCGACUUACAGGAGCAAUUAGGGUUAAGUGCCUUGCUCAAGGGCACAUCGACAGAUUUUUCACCUAGUCGGCUCGGGGAUUAGAACCAGCGACCUUUCGGUUACUGGCACAACGCUCUUAACCACUAAGCUACCUGCCGCCCAUUUUAGUUAGUGUUACCAGAACACAUUACCCAGUUUUCAUCCAGCAUAGUGUAACUGUGUUGACAUUUAGCUUUCAACCCUAAAAGACAAACAUGCUGUGUUUUCAUCACAGGCAUAGUUAAACCAUCUCCGCACUCUCACACACACAUACACACACAGCUAGACCAGUUAACAGAAACUCUUACGCAAAUUCCCUCAGACACCAAGGGAUUUCCAGUUGUAAACAUACACCCAGACCAGUACAUGUGUAGCGUGUGUGGGAAUCAAACCCACAACCCUGAUGACGGAGGAACAUUUCUCCUCCAACAGAACCAUUGGAACCAUGUGUAGGCCACUUGUUGUUAGUCAAAAUCACCCACAUGUCAAAUACUGGUCCCUUAGUGCAUCUCCUGUUACUCUAUCAGUUAGCAGAGUUAGACGGCAAUUAGAAGAGCAUAUUUUUCACAAGUAAAGCUUUAACAGUGUCUCUUUUUCUCAUUUGACAUUAUAUGCGGCCCAGAAUGUGUUACAUGGACCCAGCUGGUCCACGAUUACACCAAUUAUGCCACGGGUCAUUGCAUACUGCACACCUUGUUUUGUGGCACAAACACUUUUUUUGUGCCCUGUAAUGGUCUUAGGGCUUAAAAAGCUUUCAUCCCCUUCCAUUAAAAAGUUUUAGUCAGUUAUUUCUAUUAAGAUUUUUUUUUAAUAUUCCCAAGCUAAAGCAAAUUCGAUAGAGGUAGUACUGUAUAUACAGUAGCCUCAUGUUGUUCUUUGAGUUGUGGAUACAGCGAGGGUACAAGUGUCGUCCAGUAUAUAAAUGAGCGCACUUGUGUGUGCGCGUGUGCCCCCCGGUCAUAUCUUUCAAAAGUGGUGGCCAUGACUCAGUGUCCUUGAAAGACAACCACACACGCACGUAUGCAAACACUUUGUCCUAAAAAUCAUGCACAUCUCCAGGCCACAGACUCGUCAGUUCAAGGAGUCAUGGACAGCUUCAGGGAAUACCCACACACACACCAUUCAUCAUUAAUAUCUCCACAGAUGUCAGAAUGUCAGGUCACUUCCCCUACUGCUACACCACAGAGACACACAUGGCCUCUCGGCAUCCAUUAUUUACACCUUCCUCUUGUCUACAGACGUACAGUACCAGUCAAAUGUUUGAACACACCAACUCAUUCCAGGGUUUUUCUUUAUUUGUACUAUUUUCUACAUUGUAGAAUAAUAGUGAAGACUUCAAAACUAUGAAAUAACACAUAUUGAAUCAUGUAGUAACCAAAAAAGUGUUAAACAAAUAAAUAUAUUUUAUAUUUUGAAAUUCUUCAAAUAGCCACCCUUUGCCUUGAUGACAGCUUUGCACACUCUUGGCAUUCUCUCAACCAGCUUCACCUGGAAUGCUUUUCCAACAGUAUUGAAGGAGUUCCCACAUAUGCUGAGCACUUGUUGGCAGCUUUUCCUUCACUCUGCGGUCUGACUCAUCCCAAACCAUCUCAAUUAAGGAUUGUGGAGGACAGGUCAUCUGAUGCAGCACUGCAUCACUCUACUUCUUGGUCAAAUAACCCUUACACAGCCUGGAGGUGUGUUGGGUCAUUGUCAUGUUGAAAAACAAAUGAUAGUCCCACUAAGCCCAAACCAGAUGGGAUGGCGUAUCACUGCAGAAUGCUGUGGUAGCCAUGCUGGUUAACUGUGCCUUUUUAAUUCUAAAUAAAUCACAGUGCAAAGCACCCCCACACCAUAACACCUCCUCCUCCAUGCUUUACGGUGGAAAAUACACAUGCAGAGAUCAUCCGUUCACCCAGACCACAUCUCACAAAGCCAUGGCGGUUGGAAGCAAAAAUCUCCAACUUGGACUCCAGACCAAAGGACAAAUUACCAAAUAGGGCUAUAAUAAUAAUAAUAAUAAUAAUAAUAAUAAUAAUAAAUCUUCUGUAUACCUUGUCACAACACAACUGAUUGGCUCAAACGCAUUAAGAAGGAAAUAAAUACCACAAAUUAACUUUUAAGAAGGCACACCUGUUAAUUGAAAUGCAUUCCAGGUGACUACCUCAUGAAGCUGGUUGAGAGAAUGCCAAGAGUGUGCAAAACUGUCAAAGCAAAGGGUGGCUAUUUGAAGAAUCUCAAAUUAUAAAAUAUAUUUUGAUUUGUUUAACACUUUUUUGGUUACUACAUGAUUCCAAAUGUGUUAUUUCAUAGUUUUGAUGUCUUCACUAUUAUUCUACAAUGUAAAAAAUACUAAAAAUAAAGAAAAACCCUUCUAUGAGUAGGGGUGUCCAAACUUUUGACUGGUAGUGUAUGUCCCUACAAUAAACUUCACCACGACCCCAUUGUUCACAUUCCACACUACGCCCCUGCUGUCUUCAUUAGCGAACCCUGUGUCUUGGGUUGGAAUGGCAUUGAAAGUCAGUUGCUGCACUUGGCAACGUGUCACAAUACACUGGCAUUUGGCAUUACGGGGGGCAGUUUCGAUACUACGCCAGCUCGAGUGCAAUGUUGGAAUCAGCAUUAGCCCAGCAGAAAAAGUGACUUUCCUAGCGACAUCAACCAGUAAAGGUUAUUUGGACCAUUAAACCAUUCCCUCCUCUCCUCCCACCCAACUUUGGCCUCAGAUUAAUUGAUGGGGUUUUGUUUGUCUCAUCUUUUCAAUCAAGCCUUGGCGUAAUGACUGAUGUCACCCAAGUUUUUUUUUUUUUCUUCUCCAUUUUGUAAGAAAAACAUAGCAUCAUUUAAUGUCAUAUGGAAUAACAACUUCUUGCAAUGAAGCUCCAAAUAGGUUUUGCUAGAUGCUUUCUACCUCAUUCUAGCCUACAAGAAAGGACAGUAGCUUUUUAAGCUCUAGGGUAAAUGAUCUUGAUAGUUAUUUCCUUCAUAUUUGUACAGCAAAAUCUGUAGAAAAAGCUUUUCCACAUCCUUGUAAGUAGCAAACAGACCUCUAGGACAAUGUCCUUACAAAACGUGUACCCACACACUGCCCAUGUCCUCCUAAACCACUUGAACAAAUUCUCAUAAAAUCCUUUCAUUCAGAUCCAAUCCCAGAGAGGUACUCACGCUCCGCCUCCCCACCGGAGAACGGCUUCAAGCAGCACCUGGAUACGCGCCUGUACGCCAGCCAGGGCAAAGGGCCCACUAAGACCGAGAGGACCCCCCACUUUGGCGGCAGGUCCUCCUCCCACGAGGGGCCUCCUCGCUCCCACUCCAGGGUCCAGGUACAACCAGCCCUUCCCAGCAGUGUGGGCUUCGGUGGCGGCCGUUACAGCCGGAGACUGGAGCAGCUCUCCAACGGCUAUGACACAGACAGCAGCCGGGAGGGCAGCCGUAAUGACAACUCCAGCUCCAGCAGCAGUAGUAGCAGCAGGCCCAGUCGGCCAUGGAAGCCCAUGCGCGAGGUGCUAAACGUUGAUAGUGUGAUAAGCGGUGGUGGUGGAGGAGGGGGUCACGAGCGCCGGCAGCACAGCCCCCACCGGAGACCCUCCAGCCAGGAGGGGGCGCCACCCCCCCACGAAAGAGACAGGGACCGGGACUUCACAUGGGGCGGGCGUGAGGAGCACAAGCCCAAGAACCUGAUGACCAUCUACGAGGACGAGCAGCGUCCCGAAACGGGCGGCAGCCGCAGUUCGCUGGAGUUGGAGGGGAAGGACAGGUCAAAGGGCACCACUGUGACGGCGAACAAGCUAAAGGUGCGCAGCGACAACUGGAAGAUCCAGCGCACCGAGUCAGGAUAUGAGAGCAGCGACCGGCUUAGCAACGGCUCGACCAACCUGGACUCCCCCGUGGUGGAGAACUUUAUGUCCAAAGAGCUGAGGCCCGUACCUGAGGUACACCUGACAAGGUAAACAGGAGUGUUAUUUUUCAUCUCAUAUGUUGCUGUUUCUCUUCUAAGAUCAUAUCAUAUAUCCAACACUCAGUACUAGUUUGUUGAUAGACACACCUUGUAUUCACUCACUCAAACAGUUCCAAGUAAAACACUAUCACUGCCUCCCUCCAGCUAUAAUCUCUUCGUCACUCAUGUGUUAUGAUUCGACUCAGCGUCAAAAUCGCUGCCAUUUCUGAAUAAGUAAACGAACGGUGCAAACAACAACUCGUUCUAAGAAUAGAGUGAGACAUUUUUUACAUGCAGAAUCUGACGAGGUUACUGUACUAGGGUCGUCAUUUGUCGGCAUGGUGUUUUGUUUGGCGAUGAUCACAACUAGCUGACAACUGCUCUCCUUCCAAGAGGAGUCGAUGGCUGAAACAGGUCUAACCAGUGCAAGCCAACGUCUCCUGACAAGUGUUUCCAUUAUAACAACAUAGUUAAAUAUGUUAAUUUAUCCCGAUAAAAAAAAAUUAUAAAAAAUGUAUUAAUAUACAAUAUAAAUACAUUGCUCAGUAUGUUGGAGUUGAGUGAAUAAUAAUCUGUUUUUUGAUGAGUCAGUAUUAAGACUAAAUGGGUCUUAAUGACUAGUAUUAAAUUAGACAUUCUACUACACUGUUAGAGCUAGUAACAUAAGCAUUUUGCUGCACUUGCUAUAACACAUGCAAAUCUGUGUACAUGACCAAUAAACUUUGAUUUGAAAAUGACUAUAUAGAAAUCCAUGUACAAAAGGCUUUAAUGUAGAUAAUCUCUUUACAUGCAUCUGUAGAUCUCUGAACUUCAUUGCUAGUUGAUUUUAAAGAGGCGAUAGUGAAAGUGUAUCUAAACACUGUAGCUAUUGUAUUGGCAUCCUUCGAUUCAGUGCUCCACUGCUGUUGGGGCACAAUUAGUAUUGACUUUCCUCAGUCUCCCGAAUUCACCAAUGCACCAACCGAGAAGAGAAAUGGAUGUGAGCCAUACAUGUACCAAAAGAAAAAAGCUGUUUUUGGUGGAUUAGUAUCGGAUUACUCCACAAUAAAUCAUUUACAGAACAAAGUAGUAUGGAGUAAAGUGGAUUUCCGUGUUUACACUAGCAGUUUAGAUCCAACGUAAUCUCUUUAAAAGGUCGGUUGGGGAAUAACCUGCAUGCUGAGAGGCACCGUACAAAGGGACAUGCAUAGAAAGGCCUUUGUCAUGUGGCGUCAGCGUUUGACCCUACUCAAUUUUGUGUAUUUCAGGGACCCUUUCCCUCACCGGAGAGGUGACGACUCCAAAGCCCACAUCUUGCACUCCUCCUUCUCCUAUGGUAAGUACUGCAAGGUAGAGUUUCCCCUAGGUACAGAUCUAGGAUCAGCUUCCCCUCCCCCAAACCUUAACCAUUAGUGGAGAAAAUGCAACACUCUCCCAAGAUUAGUAUCUAGGGACAACUUCAUCCUACUCCAUGGUGGUAAGCAACUUAUGCUGCUUUUCGACUGUGACACCGAUGUUAGACUGGUGUAUACACACUGAUGUUAUACUAAGGAAAUUGUGUUAAACAUUGGGGUUAAUCCUUUGUGGAAAUUUGCCGUUAGUUGUCCGGCCUUCCCAUGAUGUUUUGUGCCAGUUGCCUUUCGGCCCUCACUCCUUAUUUGUUUUGCUAGUGUUGUGCACCUGCUUCCCAGGGAACUUUUUAAUGAUGUUGUCCUUGUUUGCUAGUUCUCAGAAAAGCCAAAGCAUCUGGCAAAAUCCUCACUUUACACCCCACCUUGUCAUAUUGUCCUUUGCCCAAAGCAUAAACACGCAACAAAUAUGAAAUGAGGCAGCUGUGCUAAUUUUGAGUCAAUAUUUUGGCGACCUGGAUGAGAUCUCAUCUAGACUAAAUUGAUUAUUGCAGUGCACAGAGAGUAAUAUGAUGUGUUCUGCCCUGAACAAUGCAUGUAUGAGCUUGAAAAGUGGCGAGGAGAGGGGUGAAUAUCAAUGUAUCUGGUAUUUUAACACUUAAUAUGUACAGUCAUUUAACACUUAACACCUAAGUACCCGGUUACCAAGAGAAGUGGAACAAAUCUUGCAAACUAAUCAAUAAUUCAUGUCUGAUUGAAGGCAACAAGCUUUUAGUACAAAAAACAAAUAAAUAAGCCAGGUUUACAACUAGCUAUAAUAGCUAUUUGUAGCCCCCAGACAGGAUAGAGGGAGAUUAGUUGAUAUGAAUAGCAGCAGGGGGGUUCACCGCUCAGCCACCCCUCACAUACUGUGUCCAUUUUUCAUAAUGUUCCCACUGUCUGAUCCAUCCAUUCCAACAGAGAGAAAUAUAUUUGUUUUUUAAUGCUCCAAUCUACGGCAGCCCUUUUAAACACCCGUCACCAAUUCUCAGAAUUGAAAUCCAUGGAGUUUGUCCCUACAGAGCAGAGAUGAUGAGCGAGCUCACAAGGGCCUCCCAGCUGUGCCCAGCUGGGCAGAAAAUGCCUUGACCCGGCCUGUCAGAAGGUGGCAUUCACACACACACACACACACACAUAAAUAAAAUGCCAUUUUCUGUGGCACCACACUUUUACCCCUCCCCUCCUUUUAUUUUGUCCUUUCUUCUCAAUAACAACAAAUGGGGUGAAUGUGAGGUCUCAAACAUCAGUGUUUAGAACAGCAGGACGGUGGGUUGGUUUUACGUAAGUCUGGUGAGCUGACUAAUGGAAGCGGAAAAGGGUUGUGUUUAUUUCGGCCCUGUGCUGGCCCGUGAGCGUCUGUGUAUGCAGAACAGAGCAGUCCAUGUGGAAACACUCCCUGGCAAGGAAACAAACACGUUUGAAACCUUGAUGUAUUUAUCACCGCUGUGAUUUCUGAUCCCCUUACGUUUUUGCCUUUUUGAUUUUUUUCUUUUUCUGAAUCUGUCACUUUUAGCAGUUGUUUUAAAUUUAAAACAGUGGUGCUCAAUUAAAUAGUUGUUUAAUGCCUUAACAAUUGUAUUAGCUUAUUGUACACACAGUAGACCUACAAGAUAAUCAAUUUAUUUCAUUGUUCCGGCACCAUGUUGAUGGAUUGCUGUGUUCUUGGCUUCCGGUGAUAUAUUUCUGUAACAAAAUGUCCGAUCUUUCCAAUUUUCCAACUAGUUAUAUGCUAACUUUUUACGAAUGCUGACUUGUUGAUAACCUGAGUUUUCGAUGUAAGUCACACUAUUUGAGCCAGGGCUGUUGCCUCUACUCCCCGCCAUUUGCAAAUUGUAUUGACAAGCUCCAGCAAAUGUUUUUGAAUUCAAUUUGGCAGGAGUUCAGCUGUGAGCCCGGGCUGUGCUGCAGAUAAGUCAGAGUAGAUUCCAGAGGUCCAUUAGAGGCUAAAAUACUUUUUUAAAAGCACAUGGGUGUGUGGGAGAACAGACGGCAAAACAAUCAAAAAAUAUCAAAGCUGGCCAGGAUUCAGUACAGACGUAAAUAGUAAACACCAUUUUAUAUACAACAAAACGUUGUUUUGUCUGCAUAUACUGUUACGUCUACAAACAACAGUCAUAAAAGUAGAGAAUAUGGAUGUUAUUUCUAGAUCUCUUCUGGAACAGCCGUCCAGACUUUGCCCACCUAAAUGACAGCGUUACAUUGUUUAUUUGUUGCUGGGAUGCCAGCCUAACCACAGGGUGCUCAAAUGGAUAGAAUGCCUUUAGAGAAGGCAUUCUGUCUGUGUGAGGGCUUCGAAAGGUCAAGGCAGCUGGGAGAUGGGUGGAAAGUCCAGCCGCUUCAAACGGCUGUAUCCAAGCAGUAAAUAAUACCCUCGCUUGAUUUACUCCGAUUGGCUCCCGCGGUUCCCCAGACCCUCGUCUGGAGCCAUAGACACACACUCUGCCGUGCUAGUUGUUGAUUUGCUAGCAUGUUAGCACAACAUCGCUAACACUGAAUGAAUAUGCCCCCCUUCUCCUUCCUCAGAAUAUCGACCUGCUUCAUUCACAAUGAAAGCCAUAUUUUGCAGUGUCGACCUACCCCAAAUUAACACUUACACACACCAACCUCUGUCACCAAGACACAAACUGUGUCUCUAUUUAUCAAGGCUGACAAAUUAUUGCUAUGUAGGUGUUCAUCUCUCUGUGAAAGACGGAAUGUUUUGAGGGGGAAAAAAAGAAGACAAAAAAUUAAGGGGGAUACCUAGUCAGUUGUACAGCUGAAUGCCUUCAACUGAAAUGUGUCUUCCGCAUUUAACCCAACCCCUCUGAAUCAAGUUAACUUUGUUGUGUUCAAGCAUUUGUGGUGGCGUGUAUUAGUGUGUCUAAGACUUAGGGCAUGUCUUUGUGUGCGCGCGCCCACUUCGCGCCUUGGCUCUGCUGCCUCCGCCUGUUUAGAUGGAAAGAGUGCCUUUGGCUCCCAAUGGGUAACCAAGCACAACCAAAGCAUUUCCAUGUUCUCAAGGGCUUAAUAGGACUCCUUUGCAUAUUAAUUUCAAACAAUUAUCCAGUCAUGUAAGCUACCAAAUCUCUCCCUUUUAAUAGUAAUAUUUUAAUGAAGAUGGUAAAUAGAUAAACCUAUAUUAAAUUCAUGGGAAUUAUUAACAUAAAGCAGUUUCCAAGAAGGAUUUCUUUCUCAGUCCUGUGUUGUGGUGUGUUACUGUACGUUGGUCUAUGGUGCAUCCGAAAUGACACCCUGUUCCCUAAACAGUGCACUACUUUUGACCAGAGCUCUAUGCGCCCUGGUCAAAAGUAGUGGAAUAUAUAGGGAAUAGGGUGCCAUUUGGGACGAAACCUAUGACUCAGCGAGUUGGGAGCUGGGUUGUAAUGCUCCCAGGCUUAGAAAGCCCAUUGACACCACUUAAUAAGCCUGUGUUAACGUUAGUGUUAAUGCCCUGGGAUAGAGUCCAAAUGUAUAUUGCACCUUUUGGCUUGAUGUUCUCAGACCGGGGUCCUAUCAACACUCCCAUAAGCCAUACCGAGUGGGUGGAUUACGUUGAGUGAUGAGACGAUUCAAUAAAAAGUCAAUAUUUUCAAUAUUCAACAUUGUGGACAGGCUUGGGGGUUAAUAACAAUUGCAAUUAUUGUAUUUACGAAAUUCGUAAUAACUUUGAAAUGAAAUAGAAAUUGGUCAAAUUGUCAACUUUUUAACAAACUCUGCCUAAGUAAAUGUGGAGUUUACACCCCAGAGAACUGAUUGAUUCAUGUACAGACGAUUCAUUUAGAAGUGUGAUUUGCUUGUGAGAUCUGAUAUCUUUGGAUCCCUGCCAUCCACACUAGCUUGAGUUACAUCCCCCUGAUCAGUGUCUUAUCCAGUUUCAAGCUGGAAAAGGAACUAUCUUUAGAUGUCAAUAAAUACUCUCGACAGCUUUUGGGUGCUCUGAUCACUCUGAUGUACCAUCAGAUCGAAUUUUUUGCCAUGGUUUUGUUUUUCUCCUCCCAUAAUUGAUUCACACGGAAACUGAAUAGCAAAUGUGAAUGCAAGUAUGAUUGAUGUCAAGGAAUUUUGAAGGACUGCAGAUCAGCAGAAAAUCCUGAGCUCUACCAAUCUUGACUCGGCAAUCUUGAAAUUGAAACGUAUGAAGUUGUCUCAUUUUGUUGCAUCAACACAGCUAUUUAAGACGUUCAAAAAGCUCUUAACAAAUUCUUCAUAACUGGGAGAGGUUGGAGUUUGUGAUGCCACGUGAGAUUUAAGUAACCUAAAGCUCCUAUAUAGAUGCUGAGCUAUGAUCAUAGAGUUUUGAAACAAAAUUACAUCACUACUGUGAUUAGUAUGAUGAUGAUUUGAUUGACAGGUGUCCAUUCGACUGCUCAGGAUAGUCCCAUUCACUGAAAUGGGAUCAGUGGCAUCAUUGAUUUUCGUCCACAGAAACAGUAUCUUCAUAUAUCCAUUACUGCUGGAACACUAUAUGUUAUGUACACAAACACCAGAGGCCAUAUUCCAUCAAAGUCAGUAAAGCCGGGUGUAUGCUAUGAUUUUGGCCACGAUUUGGCUGUCCCAAACAGGUUUUUGAGAUCGGAGACAAAAUCCCCAUGUCGUUGCCUACGCUCGAGCAGGAGCGAUGACUACUACUAAUAUGUGUUUGUACUUGCCUUUAACCAAAGUCAAAAUGUCAAACAUUUGAGGCUGCUUUGAGCCACAGCUCGUUCUAGCUACGUUAACAAUCUAACCACAUCUCAUCACAUUGUUUUCGCAAGAGAGCGUGGUAUGGAGAAUCCUCACGACAAAGUGAAUAAUCUUGUAGUGUGUGACAUCCGUCUGUGCCAGAUUGUUUAGUGUGUGCACCACUACGUUAGAAAGACAAAAAAAUACAGGAAAGACGGUCAUUUAAUGUGAGAGGCUCAGUGAUGUUAGGAUUUUGAAAGUAGUGUACACUUGGCAUAACUGGGUUUCAUUUGGAUUAAUCUAGUAAACACAUUUAUUUUUACAGUGUUGAACCAAAAAAGCAUAUUCAAAAUAUGCUUUCUCAUUGUGCGGUAAUAUUUAUUUUUCUUACUGCAGAAACCGUAUUAGCGGUUUUGAAUCAUAGGGACCCAACCUUAUCCAUGUUGUUUAUUAUGGCAGCAUGAGCAGCUUAAUGCCACUAUUAGCCACACAAUUUCUGAACUAUACUGUUGAACUUGUUGUGCCCCUAAGUGCUAAGAGAUGGAACAAUACCACAUGACUUUAUUAAUGCACCCUAUUACAGAGGUAUACAUCAAUGAAGUUGUGGGUCUCUAAUGGUUAUAGUGGUAAAACUAUGCGAAAAGUGCACUGCAAUGCUAUCAGAGUGACCCCAACUCUGCCGUUAAUCACUUAAGAGAUUAUUCAACCAUUGAUUAGAUGGUAAUCCGAUUGCCUAUGUCUGAACCAUUUUGGGAUCUGGUUAGAGGCAUUUCUCUAACCGGAGAGCCGCAGCUGCCUUGCUCUUUGUUAUACAACAGCUAUGCUCCCCAGUCCCUCUGGUUCUCUCGGCAACAGCCGACCCGACUGUAAAGAAGAGAAAGGAUUUGCUACAGUAAGGAGCAAUGUAGUGGAGGGCUGUAAACUGCAUCCCGCUUUGUUUUCAUAUUGAUAUUGUUAUGGUUGCUAGCCAAAAUUGCAAAUGCACGCAGCGUUUGGAGGUGAGGGAGAGAAAAAAAGUCAGAUCCCAGCGUAAUAAAUGCAUGCCAGCUAAAGGGAUUUAGCCAGUAAUGCUCCCGCAGAGAGUGCAAAAUAAAGGAAAGGGAGAGAGGGUGAAAGCCGAGUAUGCUAACACAUCACAGACAGCCUAAGCCUUAUAAGAUUAUGCACAUUUUUGUACCAUCAACUUUUAGCCACAGUUCCUGUGAGAGCGUAAGGGCCUUAGAGGUUAUCUUGACAUACGUCUCUUUGCAAUGACAUGAAAGGUAAACAUGACAUGGCCUGACUUUCUUUCCCUAGUUUAUUUUAAUCGUGGCCAUGCCUUUCUCUGCAACUGUCCCACCACCACUGAUGGCUCCCCAUUUAAUCUGCUUGUCACUUGGUUUGUUGACAUAGCUCACUGGGUCUGGCUCUGCCACUGGGGCCUAACUCUGCAAGGUACAGAAAGUUCAGACGCUGGGCAACCCCUGCCUGUCACACCCCCACCCCCCUCGGUUCAGGGUACGACCCUCUCCCCCUGUCCCCCUCUCCCCACUGGGUUGAAGUCCUCACUUUGCAUUAGCAAGGAUUAGCAUCGUUAGCCUAAAGGCUAGCAAAUUGGCCUGGGCUUUGGACUUUAGCUCCAGUUCCCUCUGAGGGGCCUUAGCCUCGCUCAUGACGGAUCAGACAGUGGUACACAGGGGGCCCGAAGGCACUCUACAAGACUGCCUCUCUACUUUGAUACGUCCUCCCCCAGCACCGGGCUAGGCCCACAACAUCACCCCAGUUAGAUAACAUGUCUGUGCUAGAGACAGGCAGGAAAAUACUGUGAUGUUCAAACAUGGGAUCAGAGCAGAGUCACAUAAAUAUUGUUGGUUGUGUGUGUGUGUGUGUGUGUCAGUGAGGUUAAGGGUUGAAAAUGUAUUUUGAAAAUUCGGAAUAGGGCAGUCUUGUUUGUGUUUCGAAGUGUAGCUGUAGUAAAUAAGUAGCAAUCUACCAAAUCAAAUGAACUUAUUCUUAUCUUCCAGGUGAACACCCAGCAAAGUCUCCAGACCUGCAAGAUGCACAUCUCCUCAUAUUGAGUCCAAGAUUACAAAGGUAAAGCAUGGUCAUUGUACUACUUUCAGUAGAGUGAAAGGGUUGUUUCUUUGAUACUUUACUAUAACUAUAAGUGAUCUGUAAACUGGAUAUAGAGUAAAGAUUCCAAAGAUUGGUCUCUGCUAUUGACCCAUUUUCAUGUACCAGUACUGAUGCUAGUGGUAAAGUAUGCAAUCUUAUUCUGGAUAGACUGUUUUAUUGAUGUAUGUCUUUUUCUCCCUGCAACAGAAGACGAGCCUUCCGAUAUACUCCUGGAAUUCUGGAGAGGAGGGAUGGUAUGGAUGAAGAGCAGGAGGAUAACGUCGAUGCCAGCCCCAGCCCGGUCAGCCCCUUUCCCUCAUACCUGGCCAAGACCAGCAGCUCAGAGUGGAACAGCUCCGACGACCUCGCCGGCCCCUUCUCCGAACAGGAAGAGACCAGGCCCCUGUUCCCCAGAGACCCCUCCCCCCAACCCCACUAUCACAACCUAGCCCCGCCUCUCCCUCCCAAGACCUACGUCCACCGAUCGACAGACCAGUCGGGCUUCCGCGCUCACCAGCUCCAGGAGCCCUCCCGGACAAGCCCCCAGAACGAGAGCAAAAAUUGGCCGAUCCUGUCCCUCUCCCACACCACCCUCCACAGGUGGAUUGAGACGCCCGCCGAGCACAAGCUCUCGUCUGAUGUGAGCUCCAAGUCAGGCUCAUCGGACCAGGACCGGAACGAUCUGUCGGCCAGUGAGAGUGGAGAGGAGAGGUUCCCCAGCCCAAGGCCAGGGGACGACAUGGAUGACCUAGACUCCCCGGUCGGAAGGGAGAUGGUUCUCCCCAUGGUCCUCCCCACCACCUACUUCUCUGUGGACAACUGUAUGACAGACACAUACCGGGCCAAGUACCACCCGAGGUCCACCCUAUACAUGACGGACGCUAAAGGUGGGGAACAACUCGCGUCAUCUGGUGAGAGCGACCUGGGAGAAGGGUGGCUCCCCAUCACUGAGGCCCAACAUGCAGAGGCCCCCAAGAGCCAGCCUGAAUCAGGUAAAUGGAGUUGUCUGUAGAUCAAUCAAUCAAUCAAAGCAGGUGCGGUAGAGAGAGAGUUAAUUUGCCACAGGAUGUGGAAAACACUUGGAGCCCAAAUUGUUUGUGGUCACCAUUUGUUUAUUAUAACCUAAGUAAAAGCAUGUUCCUGCUAUAGAUUUAUUUGUCAUCAAUAAAUGUUCUAAUGAAAGUUGUGGUCCUUUUUAUAAGUAUAUUACAGGGGUGGAUAAUGUUUUCUUUGUGUUCUAAUCUAUGUCCAUGGUCUUUUCCAGGUUAUUCUACCAGUAAACAUAUUGCAAAAUGGAAUCCUGUAACACCCAAAGGACUUGAUGAACAUGGGUUUCUAUGA